GUGGGCCAAAAAGGGACACAUUAUAAAGGAAGCAUCGGGGGACUCUUAUGAGACCAUUGUUGACCAUACCUAUUUUUUUGAGCCAAUCUCUUGCGAGGUGACCAACGCUUUAGGCAGCACCAACAUCAGCAGGACAGUCGAUGUCUACUGUAAGUACAGCUCAGCUGCUGAACCAUCAGGAGUUUAUGUGAUAGGGCUAAUCCUUUGUAAUUUGAGAGUUGCCUUGUGGAUGAUAACGGUGCAGUUUCUUAAGGGAAUGAGAUGGACAAUCGAUUCAUCAGUGGUGAAAAAGGAAGCCGGAGAAAGGACCUAAAUAAUAAUGGUCCAGCUGUUGUUUUGGUUAACCUUCACCUGGAAAACCAGGCACACAUCAGCCUUUUGUGCUAAAGGUGGAGAAGUUUUGUCCUGCGCAGUAGCAAGUCACCAUGAAGUGCUCUGAAUGGGACACAUCCAACCCUCUACAUCAGGGGUGGGGACUCUUUUUGGCUCAAUGCACCAGAUCCUCAUUGGUCCCCACCCCUGCAGUCUAGCUUCGAUAGGUGGAUGGGACAACCUACCUGUCAAUCAUCUGACAUCAGGUUGUCCUGCCUACUUGUCAAAGUCCUUGGCACUGCACAUCCCAAGCUCACGACAGCUGACUGGUUGCCAGGUGCUUGGGCGCCACAGUGCAAGGCCUUUGGGGUCAGCCCUAUGCUUGUCAGUGCUGAGCAAGGGACUGCAAAGCUUCUUCCCCAUGAGGAAGCCAAUCUAGCCUCAUCUCUAGUUUCCCCACAUGGCAUAUCCUGUCAGGUGUGGGGCAGGGGAAAUGACCUUGCUGAGCCAAAUGGGGCCCAUAGGCCAAAGGUUUUCUUCCCCUGCCCUCUGCUUUGAUCCAAUUUUGUCUGCUAUGCCUACCCAGUGCCCAGUGUGUUGAGCCAGGGUGCACAGAACUAAUGCAGCACUGGAGAGGCAGGCAGAAUUGUAGCUUGACAGUGCCUUUGUACCACAGACCAUGCGCAGCAUGUACCACCUGCCCACGUGGCAGGUUGGCUGCUCCAAGCUAGACUGCCAUGGCCAUUCAGGCCAACAGCCUGGGACUCUUUCAUAACUCCUAGGGACCCACAGUUCCAGAACUAUGAAAGUGACGCUUUAGUCACCCUAUCUGAAUGAUUAUCUGUUUUUGUGAAGUUCAUGUGUUCAAAGCUCCUUUGGAAGAGAUGGAAUAAAUGUCUCUGGAUUAGGCUUAAAGCCUCCAUUUCUUCCUCUAGUCAAGAAUCCAAAAGCCACAACAAGGGAGAGAUCUAAUUCAUGCAUUAUGUCUCUCCUUGGGUGAUUGCAUGGUCCCUUAUUGCCUUUUCCUUCCCUUACCUGCUAUGAAGAAUAAUUUCAUUGCUGUCCUAUUCUGCAGAAACCUAUUCUGUGACAUAUCUCUUAUUAUAGUUGGACCACGCAUGAUGACGGAACCACAGUCCCUUCUUGUUGAUCUUGGAUCGGAUGCUGUAUUUAACUGUGCUUGGAUCGGAAACCCGUCGCUGACCAUCGUCUGGAUGAAGCGGGGCUCGGGUGUGGUAAGGAUGCUUAAAAUCAGCUCAACAUUUGAGGGGAAGUUUGAGGGCUGAGUGCCAAGUGCCCUCCAGACAGGUGUUUUGUGUUGUGUCGUUUUUGCUAUUAUAUUCUACAACAUGUUCUUGACAAAAUGUUGUGAUGGGUUUAUAUUGGGUCGUCCACACAUCAUUCUGCUUUAUUUUUUAUUUUAUUUUUUUGCAAUACUUCCCUAGUGCCACCACACGUGCACUAUACAUUUAAAGCAGUAUAACACCAAUUUAUUAUUAUUAUUAUUAAUAAUAAUAAUAAUAAUAAUAGAACUUAUAUGCCACCCUAUAUCCAGAGGUUUCAGGGCGGUUCACAUAAAUUUAAGCAAUCUUGCCCCCCCCCCAAGUAUCCUGGGAACUGUAGUUCACUGAGGGAAAUGAGAGUUGUAAAGGGACCCCAUUCCCCUUACAGUGCUACAAUUCUGAGUGGUUUAAUAAUCAAUCCCUCUUCACAGGGAACUCUGAGAAUUGUAGCUCUAGGAGGGGAAUAGGGGUCUCCUGGCGCUGUGGGUUAAACCACAGAGCCUAGGACUUGCCGAUCAGAAGGUUGGCAGUUCGAAUCCCCGCAACGGGGUGAGCUCCCGUUGCUCGGUCCCUGCUCCUGCCAACCUAGCAGUUCGAAAGCACGUCAAAGUGCAAGUAGAUAAAUAGGUACCACGCCGGCAGAAAGGUAAACGGUGUUCUGGUUCACCAGAAGCGGCUUAGUCAUGCUGGCCACAUGACCCAGCUCCCUCGGCCAGUAAAGCGAGAUGAGCGCGCAAUCCCAGAGUCAGCCACGACUGGACCUAAUGGUCAGGGGUCCCUUUACCUUUACCUUUUAACAACUCCCAGCACCCUUAAUAAACUACACUUCCUAGGAUUGCUGUCUGGAAAGGCUAUGGCACAGCAAAAGUGGGACAGAAAAGUCCCCAUAACAUUUGUGGUAGGAAAGGUUACAGGAUUUCAGCAGGAAGUUACAGGAUAUGCACUGACAGGAAAUGGAGUCAUAUAAACACCCUGAAACUACUGGAGGUGCAAACAGCAUUGAAAGCAAGAUCAAGUUUGACCACCCUAAUAGCAUCAAGAGUGAAAAUCAUCAUAAAUGUAAAUAUUGUAAAUAUAAGGGAUGCUUGGAGGGGGCGCUCUACUGAGUCAGACCAUUAGUCCAUCUAGCUCCAUUCUGGCUACACUGGUUGGCAGUUACUGUCCAGGGCUUCAGGAAGGUGUCUCCUCCAGUCCAACCUGGAAAUGUCAGGGAUUGAACCUGGGACCUUCUGUAUGAAAAGCAGGUGUUCUGCCACUGAGGCACAGCCUCUCCUCAAUACUGGUUCUUGCAGGCGCAAAUGGUGGCUUCAACUCACAUGACACCAUUCUCUUUCUGCCUUUAUUGCCUCGAGUAUUGUGGCAGGUGGGUGCUCUGUGCAUGGUAGAUAUCAUGCUCGUCUCACAAAGUGUAGCAGCUAUGAACAUGAAUCAUAAUUUAAAUCUGAGCUCAUCCCUAAGACUGGGUUAGCCUUUGAUAAUCUCCUGCCUCAUCGCCAGCCCUUUCCCCACCUGCCCAUCUACAAGGCAGGGAUAAGAAUAAUGGGCUGCUCUUCACUGUAGUUGUAAUGAACACCGAGGUAAUGCAUUGUUCCAAAGAGGUAAUCUGCAGCAGGAAGUGAGGGGGGGUUGUUUUGUAGCACACUAAAGACUCAGUAAUAAUAAUAAUAAUGCCAGAAGACUGAGCAGUACAGGAGAUAGUUGUGUACCAUAUCACUACAUCCCAUGUGAGGUUCUUUGAGUGGUUGUGGAAAGCCUGUGAAAGUAAAUAUUGAGUAGUAGCAAAGUCUAAGUCAUGGAGUGGACUCUUGGAUUUGUUCAUUGGAUUAAUCCUUUGCUCUCAGCCUUGCUGCUCUUGCUUUCUGCUGGCGAUUCCCACAGCAGCAGGAACAAAUAACAGUGUUAUUUGCAGUUCAGAAGGGACAACAAGCUGUUGCUGAGCUGGUAGAUCAAACAUGUGAACGAUCUGUGGCCCACCUUGAAAUAUACAAAACUGGGCAUGACUGCUGCAUCCUGCAGUUAACUCAGAGCGUCAUUAUUGUAGCGUAAGGAGGAGGGGGGAACCAACCCUGUGAGGUGAGCUGGGAUUCUGAGGAAACUUAUGUUCUGUAGUCAAUUCCACAUUCUGUGCUUUCAUGUGGUGUGUGAUUCUAUCCCAGUGUUCACAACCAGGGCUGGCCCACCCAGGAGGCAAACUAAAGCAGCCACCUUGGACAGCAGAAUCCUGCAGGGCAGCACCCCCACAGGGACCCCACCCUGCUACCGGGUUCUCAUGGCAGCAUCUUCUGGCAAAAUGUCAUGAGAUCUCACCAGAAACUGCCACCAUAGAACCCCAGUCAACAAGGCUUUAGUGGCUGCAGAAGCAACAGUGUCUCAUUCUGCCACAGUGAAAUGGAAUGGGCCACCCUGGAUUUUAUCCCAGUGUUGAGAACUGUGUAGUCACCUGCCCUUUCCAUGCUGCUGCUGUGUGGUGAAGAAGCUCAUUAUCUCACUGCCUGGGCCUGGCAAAUGUAUGGGCGUGUUUGAUCACUUUCAGACUUCCAGAUAAGAGCAACAGGAGGCAGCAAUUACACUGGACUGCCUGAGACGGUCAAGACGGUGUCCCUUCCAUUCAUUCCACAUAAUGGAGCGGUGUCCUCCACAGCAUUAAGGGGCAGCAAGCUAGGUGAGGGAGCACACACAGUGGGCCAUUUGGCAGAAACAGUACUGGCCUUCAACAUCUCUCCACCAUAACCUGCGCUGCAGCAUCUGCCACCCAAGGUGCCUGCCUCGCCAUGCCUAAUGGAAGGGCUGACCUUCCUCGGUUGCAAACUGCACUAGUAGCAGCAGGCAGUGGUAGCUGUCCAGAGAUGGCAGUGAAAGUUCUCAGCACUUUCAAAGAAAAGAGGGAAAAUUUUAGGCCAAGCAGAGGUCAAGGAGGCUGAUUUAUGUAACUGGACUAAUAAAAAAAAUGAAAGGUUCGUUUCCAUGGCAGUCACAGCACUUUCCACAUUUCUGCUGCUCAAAGGGGAUCUUUGCAAAGUAACCCUAAUAGAAGUUGAAUUGAUUCCCAUUAUGAGCAGCAUCUGGGUUAACCAAAGGCCAAGGCAACCACUUUGCCUCUUUGUGACAGGUGGAACUUUGUAAACCAUCUCCACAUUGAGCUCUUUUUGUGAACAGUCCUUGCUUACAGAGCACUGCACAGCUAAAGCUUAAGGACAAACAGCCUCCUGGCAUCAACCCAGUCCUGGAUCCAGUUUCCUAGGACUGUGCAUGCCUAUUCAUCACCUAGGAGCUUCAGCAUGCAGUGAUGACUUUCAUGUGUGGAUGGUCCAUCACAGAUGCUGUAUCACCAGUAGUCAUUGCUGCUCAUUGAGACUAGCAUGGUGGAAGGCAGAGAGCCCAACAGUAGGUGGAGCCACUCCCUGAUUAGUUGUAAGUAAGAAGACAGGUUGAGGUUGGUGGGGCAGUGCCUCGUUACGCUGAAUUGACCAUCCUCCACUGAAUAUUGCAGAGAAAGCAUUCAUCAGUAUCCCCUUAUGCAAGAUCCCCUUAAUUUACGCAAUCUGGUGGCUAAUCAUCAAGCGUGGAGUAGAACUAAGUGUUGAGAAAUCAAGAGUCUAGCAUGCAUGUAUAAACCAACCCAGGUCAUGCUAGAGAUAAAACCCAGGACUUGGCUUUUCACAUUCACUUAUUAAUAUCCUAUCUAUACCUGUACCUCUGUUUCAGUGAAAGUGCUGUGAGUAACUAGAGCAGGUGAAAGUCACAUUGCACCUUAAUGGAAGGAAGUCACAUGUACUUCUUGGGGUUCAAGAGAGCUCAAAGUAUGAUACUACAAGGUCAUCCUAAAUAUUAAUGAGUGGGCAAACAGAUCUUAAAGGAGCAGGUAACAAGAAACCCUCUAUGUUUGUGUUUAUUUUGACCCCAUGAUAUAGUGUAACAAACACCUUGAACACAAUAUGCAUGCACAAGAAGGAGUGCCUAUGGAGUUUCAGGAAUUCAGAACCCAUGAUUCAGGGUCUCCUCAAGCAUACAAAUCUGUCUGCCAUAAGUGGUAAACAAUAUGAGCACAUAUAAAACCAAUACAGAUAAUAUUAAAUAGUAGGCAUUGGGGACUCAUGAGGUUGAACUCAGCUUUGCAGGUUUUACCAAAAAAACUAAAGCCCUUGUUUACAAUGCCUGAGUUACCUUCAGAUACAUGGUUCAUUCAGGCAUAUCCAUUCUGCAGCCUUCAUCUGGGUAUGCAGGAAUCCCCAAGUGGAAUGUGGAGAUAAAUGCACUCCUGUGCUAUGGGCAGCUUGAUUUACAAAUGGUUUGUGGGGCUGUGGACCAUAAAAUCAGACUUAUUUUACAGGAACAAAUGCAUCAGGCCUCCAACAGAAGCCAGAACAGUUUGGUAGGGACAGUGAACGGAGUUCUUCAUUUUGCAUACUUUUGUCUUUCAGUUCCCACAAGCCAUUCAUUUCUCAUCCAUUCCCUCCUCUUGACUAGGACCCUUGGGAGGAAUUGUGCUGCAUUCCUGUGUACAUUUACCUGGAAGUAAGCUUCAGAAUAUAACGGAUAUCACUAGUAGUCACUCACCCCAGCUGUACUUCAAUAACUUGACAUGUGUUCUGCUGCUGCAGAAGGAAGGAUAGAGCCCUUUUGAAACUAACAAGCCAGGAAGGACUCCCUGGCCUUGGGCCUGUGAUGUUGGGGCCACUCCGCAACUGACUUGAAGACUCACCUCUACGCUUAGCACCAUGGACAGCACUUGAUCUGGUCUGACAAGUGAGCUGGGUCUCCUAAGACUUCGUGUCUUAGGCAUCUUUGAUAGUGAUUGAACAGAACCUUCCAAGUGUUGCUUAGCCUUUGAAGAACUGUUCUACUGUUGCUGUCCUUCAGAUCACCUCCACAGCAUAGAAUUCAUGCCCUUUUCAGUGUUAGAGCGCAAAAAAGUGCACUGGACAUUUGUUUUCUUCUAAUUUUAUCAUUUAUCUUUUUUCUUUUCAGUAUUCAUUGGGUAAAGGGAACCACCACCCCUCUUCAUGACCCUUAUCUCGUUUCUUUCUUUUGGGUUCUGAAACAUCCUGCUCAGCAUCUCCUUCUCAGCCUUGAGCAAAUCAAGUUAGAAGUCUGUCUUUUCAGGUGUUGGGAGGUGUUACAAAUGACUUGCCUUGGAAAGGCAGCUGUGCAGUCCUCAUGGCCUUUCCUUUAGCUCCCUCUAGCUGACAAAUGACUGCACUGUGCAACUCCAAGGACCACAUAGCUCUAGACCAGAUGACAGCCUACACAGAAAUGAUAAAAGGCGUCAGUGCUGAUCCAUUUCUGCCAGGGGAAGGCAGAAUAACCAUGCUGUUCUGAGAGAAUAAUCAGCUCACCUGAACACACUUGAGGAAAUUAUAUGUCCAUGCUUCAGUCCUGGCUCUGUUCUCCAAAGAUAGCCCUGCUCCCCAUUCCUUAUCCUGAGCCUGCUCAAUUCCUCUCAAGGCAGAGCAUCCCAAUUUCCUUCUCAUGCUGUCUUGCUGCUCCCUGUAGUAGGCAGGGGCCCCUUAAAAAGCCUCUUCACUCAUCAAUCUUAUUCCCCAUUCAUCGGCUGAAGGCUUUUCUCUGAAUUUUGCAAUGCAGUUCUCUUUAUGUGGCUUUUACCCUUAAAGAAGUUUGGAAAGCAGGGUGAAAUGGAGAGGAAAAAAUCUUUGGAUCACUUUACAACUGUAAAGGGUCAUAGCUGAGUGACAGAGCACAUACUUAGCAUGCAUACAAAAGGUUUCAGGUAGGUCUGGGAGUUACCGUACCUAAACAACCUCUCCACAGCCAGGUGUCAAAUUACAUUCUCCCCAUCACUGACAUGGAUGUUCCUGAAUCCCUGCUCCCUGCUUUGUUGGAAAGUGCAGUGGGACAUUUGCAGAGCCCUAGAUUUGUCACUUCUAAAAAGAACAAAAAACUAGACUCUUUCAGUUUCAAUACUUUUGCAAACACGGUAGUUCCGAUAUGAGCAGCCUUUGCAAUAUCUCUGAGUACUGCUAAGGGCAUUAAGUGGUUUGCUAAGCAUCAGUGUAAAUUCCCAGAAUGAGCAGAGGAAUUGGCUGCAAGAUCAGACACUCGGCAAUGCCAACAGCUAACGUGUGGGUUUGUGUUUACAUAGCAAGCACAUGUUGGAAAGGCAAAAGGAAGCAGGCCUGUCGGGACACCAUCCAGACUCCUGCAGGGGAAGGUUUACAGAUGCCUCUGCUUUGCCCUGUGCAGAAAGGUGAAGGGGCAGCAUCACCCGAUAUGUAAAUCCCAACACUGAAAGUUAAUGUCUGCCCGCUGUAGCUGCCAAUAGAUCCUGACAGUUCUCGUAUAUGUGGAAAAUUAGCCAUCGAGCCUCAACUGUUUCUGCAGGCAAUUAGAAAGAGUUGACUCUUAAAGGCCAUAUUUGUUUUAGACUCAUCAUAUUUCUAAAUACCACAGGAGCUUGGAUUUUUCUGACUGGUUUGCAUUAAAGUUCCCUGAUUCAGCACUUAGGAAGCUUUAAUAAAGCUGCUGAUUGCACCGAUGUGGGCAAGAGGGCCAUGUUCCUGGCAGUGUGGAUUGCAGAAGGGUCAAAGAGGCAGGGAGCCAGCAAAUCUCAGAGUGUCCAUCUCCCACAUCAGUCUAUCUGACUCAGGGCUGUUUUACAUGUUGCAUUUGAAUGGUGUGGUUGUGGUCUCCAAAGCAAUACCUGUUUGAAAUAUUUCACAGGAAACGUAAUGUGAAAAACCACACUGCUGUAGAAUCUUUUAGAUGCAUCCAUGAUGCUAUUCACAAAAUUCAGGGUGAAGUGACAGACAAUAACGCAAUAGGUGUGAGAACACAGCAUGCCAGUUCUCCACCCUGAAGCCACAGGGAAUGCAGUUUGCAGGGAACACAGGGAGAGGUGUUUCAGCCUUCCACCGCACCCCCCUGCAACUUACCCUUCCCAAGCUGGGUUUCCAAACCAUGUUUCUUAUGUAAAGUGGUGGGAAGAUGAUUGGAGUGAGUUUCAGGGGAAAGCAGCAGGUGGGCUAUGGAUGCAGCACUCCCUGCUCACAUACUGUAUUCUCCCCAGAAAAUGAAUAUAUCCAUCCACUUUGCAGCCACUUUCCAGGGUUCCCAGACCUGUAUUUGCCACUAAAUGUCCCAAAGACUUGCCAAAUAUAAUCUAUAGUUUAAACAUUGAAACAUAUUGCCAGUGUUUGCUGUUCUCCUUCAUAUGCCCAAAUCAAUUUAUUAUCAGCUGUGGUUUGGUGUAUUUCAAAGUUGAGAUGAGCUUCUAAAUGGAAAGGAACCUUUCAACUCCACUUGAUUGAAUAUAACACUUACAGUGGUGCCUCGCAAGACGAAAUUAAUCCGUUCCACGAGAGUCUUCGUCUAGCGGUUUUUUCGUCUUGCGAAGCAAGCCCAUUGACGGAUUAGCGCUAUUAGCGCUAUUAGCGGUUUAGCGGCUAUUAAAGGCUUAAAGGCUUAGGGGAUUAGCUGCUAAAAGGCUAUUAAAGGCUAUUAAAGGCUUAGCAGAUUAGAUAAAGGGGAAAGCGGAAAAAAAAACUCAAGACUCGCAAGGUAUUUUCGUCUUGCGAAGCAAGCCCAUAGGGGAAUUCGUCCUGCGAAGCAACUUCAAAACGGAAAACCCUUUCGUCUAGCGGUUUUUCCGUCUUGCGAGGCAUUCGUCUUGUGGGGCACCACUGUAUUGAUCUACCUGUUGGGAUGGGACCAUGUUUUAGUGGUUGAGCAAAGCACAUCCAUGGAUACAAAAGAUCACAGGUUCAAUCUCCAGGUAGGACUGUCUGAAACCCAGAAGAGGUGCUGUCAUCAUAGUAGACUCUGAUGGGGCUUCCCGAACCUGGUCCAAGCUCCAGAUGUUGGACUACAGCUCACAUCAUCCCUGACAAUUGGCCAUGGAACUGGUGGGAGUUAAGAGUCCAACAACAUCCAGAGGUAACCAGGUUUUGGAAAAAUGAACUAGAUGGACCAAUGUACAGUAAGGUAGCUUCAUAGCUGUGGAGGUAACUUCACUGUCUCCUAGAAUGUGUAUUGAGAGAGAGGUGGACAUUCUCACUUGACCACUGACACAUGGAGCAAACUGACUCUCUUCUUUUUCAGGUCCUGAGCAACGAGAACACACUAACGCUAAAGAACGUGCGCCAAGAGGAUGCUGGGAAAUACGUGUGCCGAGCCGUAGUUCCACGUGUGGGUGCAGGAGAACGGGAAGUAUCUCUGACUGUCAAUGGUACUUAACUUAAACUAUAUUUACACUUCUUGAACUUUAGCCAUCAGUCUUCUCUCCCAAUAACAGUUUACAGAAGUGCAGGUAUUGGGCCAAAAAACUACAGUUUCCCUGGAUUAUCACCUUGUGAUUUCAUAUUUCUUCCUUGUGCCACAUUAGCCAUUGGUAGAUGCUGUAGCUAAGAAAGGUAAAGGUAAAAGAUCCCUGGAUGGUUAAGUCCAGUCAAAGGCGACUAUGGGGUUGCAGUGCUCAUCUCGCUUUCAGGCCGAGGAAGCCGGCGAUUGUCCAAAGACAGCUUUCAGGUCAUGCGGCCAGCAUGACUAAACCACUUCUGGCACAAUGACUCACCAUGACGGAAACCAGAGCACACGGAAACACCAUUUACCUUCCCACCGCAGUGGUACCUAUUUAUCUAUUUGUACUGGUGUGCUUUCGAACUGCUAGGUUGGCAGAAGAUGGGACAGAGCAACGGGAGCUCACCACUGUCAAGCGGAUUUGAACCACUGGCCAGCCUAGCAGUUCGAAAGCAUGCCAACUCCUUCGUCCUGAAGCGAGAUGGCCCAGUCACCUUUGACUGGACUUAACCGUCCAGGGGUCCUUUACCUAAGAAAGCUGUGAUUGUCUCAGAAGCAAAACACUUCCCUUUAUUUCUAUCCCCCUCCCCAAGAUGAAUCCCCAAAGCAAACUGUUUUGCAGAUAUCUAAAAUAGUGCCCUUUCAGAUCAAUAAGGAGGGUCCUGAUAUAUCCCUGUGCAUUUGUCUAACACCAUUUUCGAUGGGUUUAAAAAUGGGAGGCUCAGGAUAUUUGCAGGGAAGAAUCAGUAGGAAGGUUGGCUAUAUUCUACCUCCACAAUGGCUAUGUUGGAGACAGUAUGCUGGGAAGCACAAGUGAGGGGAAUGUUGUUCCAUUCAAGUCCUUCAUACAGGCUUCCCAUAGGCAUCUGAUUGGCCACUGUGAGAGCAGGAUGCUGUUCCAGCAGCACUCUUCUUAGGAUUAAGUGCCGUUUCCUACUGUCGCUGAAUCCCACCUAUGAUUGCACACUUCUCCAAGCCAUUGUUCUUUCCCUGUUAUCUCUGCCUUUCUCAAGAUAAUUGCCUUAAAGUGCUGGAGUAGAGAUGUAGAGGAAGGAUACUUCCAACCAUGCAUUUGUAUGCAUAACUGCUUUGGAAGGCAACCUUCCCAGGGCCACAUGCCCCUGGUGGGGAGGGCCAGUGGCAAAAGUGGGUGGAGCCAUGAAUAUUAAUAUUCCCUCUGCAGAGUAGGCUGGUGCCUACACAUCUGAGUUCAAAUCCUCUAUGCUCUUGGCCACAAGAUGUGGUGAUUAUGGUCCUACGGGGAGACUCCAUUCUCAAAGUCAUGACAUCUUCCCAGGUUUUCUAGGCCAGGCACCAUAACAAUGUUAAACAACUUUAAAACUGACUUCAUUGUUGGGUGUAGGCACAGUACCUGCUCCCCUUUCUGGAGUGCUGUAAAGCCGAGUCUAGAAUCCAUGUCUUUUGGUUCUCUGUCUAGUCUCCCCGACUUUGAGCCAGACAGUCGGAAAGAAAGAGUAAAGCUCUUCCCCAGAGCAUACGAAGAACGGAAGAAUAAAAGCGGGGGAAUCUAUGCUUACUUUGUUUUACUUUUCGAAGGCACCCUCUCCCUCAAGCAGCCCCAUUUAAUAUUCAUUCAUUGGGUAUUUGCACCAUUUAAUUUUAAAUGCAGAUAAUGUAGAAGAGAGAAGCCAAGGGCAACCCAGCAGGGCCAUUGAGGGGGGGCGGGAAUCAACCACUCCCUUGCCUUCUGCUCAGAGCACCUUCCCUUGCAGUCCCCUUUUCCCUCUUGGCUGCUGCAGUUUAAUUACAAUUCAAAUAGCUUGCAGAAAGCAAAGCAAUACAUUUGAUGAAAACAAAGAACCUUGCUAUGCGCGCGCACACACACUCUCCUCCUGGAAUUUCAGAGUAAAAGGAGUCAAUUACUGGAGCACUGUUUAAAGCCAGCAAGACAGGAAAUGAUGGCCUCCCAGCUUCUCACCAGGUUUUGAUUUUGCUUGCUACGUAGUGGAAAGUGACAAAGGAGGAAAUGAGAGGAGGGACUUGUGAGGAAUGGUACACUUCUGCUUCAUGGGCAGUAUCCAUCAAUGUGAAGAGCUGUGCUUGUGCAAUGGAACUCCACCCUUCUGUCUCUCAGCCAGCCCUAGACCUGACUUUUGCAUAGCUGGAAUGUAGCUCACUAAGAAUAUGAAGCGUCCCAUCCAUUGCUAUAACCACUACUGUUGGUUUGAGGGGGAAACCCUUGGGUUGUGUCCUACUAAGUUUUACGCCGAGAAGACCCACUGAAAUUAAUGGAACUAAGAUAGUAAUGUCCAUUAAUUUCAGUAGAUCUCCUCUGAGCAGGGCUAGCACUGGGUACAUCCCCCUGGUAUUAGGCUAGCUGCAGACUAUCAGUGUUUUGUGAGAAGAAUUGAAGCAGCUACCAGAAAUUAAAAGUGGAUUGCAGCACUCUGUUACCCUAGUUCAGCAAAUUCCAGUUAUUUUUUCCCUACACUAUUUUGUUAGGAAACUGAAGGGGAAAUGCACUGAAAAGGACGGGGGCAAAUGAGCGAAUAUAUUUUGGAAAGGCAUAUAACCCGCUGUGCAAGCAAAACUAGAUGAAUACCCAUCAUCCUGUAUCCUCCCCACAAACAACCUAGAAUGACUGUUCAACGAAGAGUGGAUGUAGUCUAACUUCCACAUACCGGUAUAUUUUGUGCAAGCAAACCAUGACUCUAUCAACAGGACAUCUGAAGAAUGCCCAAGAUAAUUCCUGGGUUUUGUUUGUUUGUUUGUUUUCCCCUUCUGCAUUUAAUCUGCAGCUAUUGUCCCCAUCAGUUCGGAUCACCCAUCUGGCUGUUUGUGGGAGAAUCCUCUCCCUGGAUGGAAAUAAAAUACAUCUUGGCAUAUGAGAAGAAAAUGAUUCUCUUCUGCUUUCCACCUGCCCUGAUAAGGGGAGGAGGGGACAGACAGAGAGAGAAGCCUAGAUUCCUGUCAAUUGUGCAGAGGCGAUGUUAUCAGGCACCGGGCCCUCACCAAUGUAAUAAUAAGGAUAAAUGACCGAUUGCCUGGAACGGAAGAUACAGCACAAACCAAUUUGCUGCAGCUAAUCUUGUCAAGCAGUCCCUCUAUCCAGAAUCCUUCUUUCCCUGUUUUUAAUCCCAAGAACCAGACAAUGGUGUUAACAAAAGGAACUGUGAUUGUACCACCAAGCAAACCAGAUUAGUGCCUGGGGCUGGGGGCUGCUUUGGUAGCACAGGAGGAAGACUCCAACAGGCAGAAAUGAUGUUCACUUAUAGUGUAGGAUUUAGCAGGGAGGAGGGCAGGGACAAAACUGCAGUUAGUUAGCUCUGCCUAUCACGGGCUCCGACUCUGGCUGCAUCUACUGUUGGUAUCCCUCCCUUCCGCUCCUACCAGUUCCAAUAGCCACCUGCCACUAAUGUUCAUUUCUCUGCCCUAAGCUUUAUUUUAAGCUACCUCUAUGUCCAGCAGCUUGGAUAUUUCCAUCAAGCUUGAGAAUUAUAGAACUGUAGAGUUGGAAGGGUCCCUGAGAACCGCCUAUCCUGGUACGCCCCACGGAGGACCUUAAGGUGCAUAAAUAACAACACCCUAGAGGUCCCGGGCCCUAAGGAAGUCAGAUUAGCCUCAACCAGAGCCAGGGCCUUUUCAACACUGGCUCCAGCCUGGUGGAACGCUCUGUCUCAUGAGACCAGGGCCCUGCAGGAUCUGAUUUCUUUCCACAGGGCCUGUAAGACAGAGUUGUUCUGCCUGGCCUUUGGCUUGGAAUCAACUUGAUCCCCUCCCCCUCUUUCUUUUUUCCUUUCUCCUUCUGUGAUGGAACUCCUAUUUGGGGACUUCCCUGGCUUUUUUCUGGCCCAUGUAUGACCAGUCUGGAUAGUUGGCCUUGGUGAAGACUUGACGUUUUUAUCCCCCAAAAAGUUUUUGAUUUGAGUUUCCACUGAAAGGAGGCUGCUUUUUAAUGUUUUAAUGUUGCAUUUUAAUCUUGUUUUUUAAGUUUUAUUUUGAUCAAUUGUUUUAUAUCGGAUGUUAGCCGCCCUGAGCCUGGUCUUGGCUGGGGAGGGCAGGGUAUAAAUUAUUAUUGUUAUUAUUAUUAUUAUUAUUAUUAUUAUUAUUAAUACAAUGAAGAAAUAUGCAGCUGUCCCAUACGGGGAUUGAACCUGCAACCUUGGCGUUAUCAGCACUCCAGCUGAGCUAUCCAUGCUUCAGUCUCAGGUUUUUGGAGAUUCUCUUUCUGCUGCAGUCGCAUUACUCAGCCCAUGUCCCCAGAUGCAUGAUUGUCUCCUUAUGUUACCAAAGUUGGCAAUGGGGAAGUAGUUAAUUUGUAAACCUUGCUUCACAACCCCUUGCUGGCGCUACCCCUUAUAUCUCAAGCAUCGAGAUCCCGGGAUCCCCAUUCUCCUAACAAUUCUCAGCAUGCUUAACAAACUACAGUUCCCAGGAUUCUUUGAAGGAAGCCAUGGCUGUUCAAGUGCUAUCAUAGUGCUUUAAAUAGAUUGUGCCAAUGUGGCAUAUUUUUUUUCUGUAUGACAACAACUAAAGAAAAGGAAUGUCCUUCCUCAAGAUGCUAGCAGUUGUUUCAUAGGAAAACAUGUUUUUCAGUCAGGUGCCCAUUCUCCCUGGAACUUUCUAGCCUCGCUUUGGUUCCAGAAAAAGUCCCUGAAACCAGAAACCUGCCUUUCAUUUUGUUUGAGCCUCUGGGGCUGCACAAAUAAAUUGGCACCGAAGCUGUCAUGGAAGACUUAAAAGACACACAAUAGCUAGACAAUAACUUUUCCUCUCUCUGCCUCUUAAACAAGACUGAGCAGGGAACUUUUGUUCCCACCCAAAUCGUACUAAGAACAGUGCCACCUUGUGGCUGAGCUGUAUUAUGACACUAUCCACACAGCAGCUCGAAAAACAGUUGCAGCCGAUACGGCCAUCAUUUAUAUCCAUAGCAACACUGCCCAAAUACUCAGCACAGAAUUGGCAAGUGAGGGGAGUGGCAUCCUUUGCUAACCAACACUGCCUACUGAGGAAUCAGACUCCAGUCCUGAAUUGCAAAAUGUCUAUUACCUCACUGGGCUGUUCAUUUUCUCAGAAAUCAUUCUUAUGUCAUAUUCUGUUAUCAUGGUGAUAAGCCUCACAGAUGCUGAACUCCUGGGGCGAUAUAAUCAUCCCAAAUCCAUUUGUUUUGGUGCUAUUUAAAAUCUACUUUGUUAGCAGGGUGUGGGUGGAAUUGAAUCCCUUCCUUUUGAUUAUGAAAAUGCUCACCACAUCACUGAAAUUGCUGUGGCUUGGCAUGGAGAGUGCUGCUCUUUCACUCUUUAUCGAGCCCCUGACAGCACAUCCCAAAGAUGGUCUGAUUCUUUAGGACUGGUGAAUUGCAUGAGGUUUUAUCACUGCAUAAAAUACAGACAUCAGAAACAAGGGUGCAGUCCAGGAUGGAAUCAGUGAAGGCCAAAGGCGGCAUUUCCCCACCAACCUCACCAGUCUACCUUCUUUCUGACAACAAGACCAGGCCUACCAGCUUCCUCCUCUUUAGCCUUAGCAUCACCUCUUGUAGAACUCAGCAGGGAGGAGGAGAGGGACAAAGCAAGAAUUAGCUGGCUCUUCUUUUCAUUAGCUCUGGCGCCACCUACUGUUGGUCCUCCUGCCUUCUGCCCUUACAGUCCCAAUGAGCAACAGUCACCACUGUCAGGAAUACAACUCAGGUUUGCAGCUUUGUUUAGCAAGGAAGGUUCUCACCCUGAUUCUGGAAGGAAAGCAGGGAUUCAGAUUGAGCCAUUUUCCUACUGUUGCCAGCACUCUUAGCCCUCAAGUGUGUGACAUAAUAAAUAGAGAGUGGGAACACCUCCAACUGCAUGCAGAAGGCCUUCCCCCACUUCAUUUCAUAUACCACAGCAGCCCCCCGACAUUUAAGAUUAAGGGGCAGGACCUAAACAUUUAAGCAGCAAGGAGAGUGUGCCACACACACUCAUGCCAGCUUCCCUUUUCACUCCAUUCUUGCUCUGUGACCAGCGCUCCUCAUUAUGAAUGAGGCACACAACACAAAUGUUUACCUUGGUAAUUCCCUGCUGCACCAGUCCUUCAAGUGUAUUAGGCAUGCAGGGAUGUUAGGCUGUCAGCCAGGUCUGUUUCCCACUCAGUUUAGCAUGAAACAAUUGUGUAGAACAUUAGAUUGAAGAAAGUGGGGGCGGAUAGAGAGACAUGAUACGGUGUGCACAGCCCCCCUUGUUUCAUUCCUCAUACCAGCAAGCAAACCGCCUUUGCCCUCCCAAAUACAGCACACACACACACAGUUUGGGUUGGUAGCACAUUGUUUUCCGUUCCUUGCUCACAGCCACUCAUGCAAAUGCAAAUCUAUUUUAAUGAAGGGGGCUAAUAGACAGCAAUUAUGUCUCCAGCUAUUUUGUUGUUCCCCUGAAAUGAUUUCCUUCCUGGAUUUCCCCCUUCCUUCCUUCAGAGAUAGCUCCCAGCCGAUUCGCUCCUGGGAUGAGAGAAGCUGAGGUUUCAGUGCACAAAUGCUCCAACAAUUAGUUUCUCCAUCAGAGGCAACCUAUACUCCCUCCACGUGCAUUCACACAUGCGCCAAGAGUUACUGGGGGCACAUAAUUGCACUCAGGUUGCCUGACUGGUGGUUUUUUUCUCAUCUCAUUUGUUCCGCAGAGUUCCUUCAGGUGAAUUACUGCCAGCUAUGUUUCCUUGGACCCCUCAGCAUGCUGCUUUUCAUUCAUUUAAUUUGCUUGCAGCCCGCCUUUCCUCCAAUGAGCUCUCAGCAGUGUACAUGGUUCUCCAACACCUAUUUAUCCUCACCACAACCCUGUGAGGUAGGCUAAGCUGGCAGAUAGUGACUGGCUUCAUGAGAGCUUCAGGGCCAGGUGGAGAUUUGAACCUGGGGCACACACACACCCCAGUCCUAGUCCAGCACUCUAACCUCUGCCCCACACUGGCUGUCCGCAGAGGAACAGAGCGGAAGGGUUUGUAUGGCAGAAGCACUGGUGGGAGAGGAGAAUGUGUGCAUGCAAAGAUUGCACUGGAGUAGGAACACACUUGUUUCAUUUGUCCUAUCCCUUUAAGCCAAGAAUGCGGCCCUUGCAGCCCUCCAGGUGAUGCUGAACUAAGCCUGUGCAGCCAAUGGUCAGGGGCAAUAGAAGGGAUGCAGUACAACAAAAUCUGGAGAUCCACAGCUUCCCCACUGCUUCUAUAAGCCACAUAUUUUCAACUACCAAAAUUGAAGGCACCCGGUUCUCCUUACUCUGUUUGCUCUUUGCUCCCCUUAACAGGGAGGGGCCUGCAUCUCAGUGGCAGAGUUUGUACACAGGAAGAUCCCAGGUUCCACAUCUGACAUCUCCAGAAAUGGUCAUUAGGACUCCCAUCUGAAACCCUGGAGAGCCUUUUCACCUAGAUUAAAUAUGGAGAUGCUCAGGGGGGGUCAUAUGCAGGUCUCCAAACCUUCCAACAUCCCACAGGCUGCACCACUCGCCUGCCCUGCUCCAAGCCCUCCUUAAAUCACUCUGCUGGCUAGAAUGUGUCCUUGAACUCUGAGAAGACCUCUUGCUUGCCUAGGUGGAGGACACAGGAGGGAGUGGGAGUGUGUGCAGAACCUAGCCUACUGUAUAAAGGUGAAAUUCACAUUUGUUGCUCCACCCACUUUUGCCUCUGGCCCCGCCCACCACCAGCACAUGGUCCCCAGGAAUUUGCCCAGAAGGGAAGGUGGCUCUCAGGUUGAAAAUGGUCUUCCCCCCAAAAUCUGGAUAAUGCUGUCUCAAGGGGCCAAGGGUCUGAUUCGCAUCCUUCUUUGAUUCCUAAUCCCUUUUCUGUUCUCAGACACUCUCUAGAACAUUAUUUUUUUUACAUAUCAGCCAGAUGAAAAUCCUGCAACUUUCUCCUUUUUAACCUAGUGGUAGGGGCAUGACAAAACAUGGGCAAAACUUGUGCUGUUGCCACCCCCAUCCCCACAGAAAUCUCUCUCCGUGGUCAUUUUUAUACCAAAAAAUGGGGACAUAGAAUCAGCAUUGUAGAGUUAGAAGGAAACCCAAGGGUCAUCUAGUUUAACCUCCUGCAGUGCUAAAGAUGUUGAGGUUUGUGAGAAACUGCAGCUUUGAAGUGGACAAUUAGUGAGUUGGCAAGAUGCCAAGUAAAGCUAGGGUACGUGAGAAAGUCUGCUUGGAGAUAGUGAAGCCUAGCAACAGGUGGCGAUUGGCUAAAAGUUUUCCCUUAUAAGCAGCAUGACACAGUAGUUUGGAGUUGGAGUGUAGAGUUUGAAUCGAGUCUGUGUAUAUAGUAACUUGUACAAAAGCUGUGCUAUACUCUGCAUAUAAUAAAAGCAAAUACAAAUCAAGUUACUGUUCAGCAACGUAUGUUCCUGAGUCGUCAUCCUGGACUACACAGACUAAGCAGCCGGUAGCAGAGAGUUUUGGCUGAGAUCCAUCAACGAAAGAAUCCCGAACAAAUAGCCAGGCAGCUUCUGUUUAAAAGCCUUCAGUAGAACCCACCAGCUUUCCACUGUCAAACAGCUCUUGCUACCAGAAAAUUCUAAUGUUUAGUCAGAAUCUCGUUUCCUGUAAUUUGAAUAUAGUGGUUUGCGUCCUUCCUUCCGGAACAGCAGAAAACAAGCAUUCCCCCUUUGUAGGGGGUUGGACUAGAUAAGCCUUGGGAUCCCUCCCAACUCUGCAAUUCUAAGCUUGUGACAGACUUUCAGAUAUUUGAAGGUGGCUAUCGUAUGACCUCUCAGGGAUUGUUCAUGCUUCCGCUUGUGGCAUGCCUACAAAGCACGAGUCCAGGUGGUCAAAAUAACUUGAAUUGCUGUUUGCCCCAACUGAGCACUAAAGAGCAGUUUUCUCCAGUGGAAAGCAGUGGCACAAGAGGAAGUGGGGAUAAUCCCUCAGUCUUCUCUUCUCCAGGCUAAACUCCCUCCACUGUUCUCAUAAGGCUUGGUUGCCAGACCCUUGAUCAGGCAUAGGCAAACUCGGCCCUCUAAAUGUUUUCGGACUACAACUCCCAUGACCCAUAGCUAACAAGACCAGUCGUCAGGGAUGAUGGGAAUUGUAGUCCCAAAACAUAUGGAGGGCCGAGUUUGCCUAUGCCUGCUCUUGAUCAUCUUGGUCACCCUCUUCCUCACACAUUCCAGCUUGUCAGUAUCCUUAAACUGGACAGAGUGCUCCAGGGCAGGGGAGUCUGAUCAAGGCAGAAUAGUGUAGUCCUUUUCCUUCCCUGGACAUGCUUUUAUAAAGGGGUUGGUGAGGUGGUCUUAGUUCUUUCCCUGUUUCCCACUUUUGGAUGACUCCCCUCCCCCCCUACCCCUUCCUUCUCCUCUUGCAACAACAGCUUCCCAGUCUCCAAGGUAACGUCCCUUGCAGCUUGGGAUGAGAGAUAAAUUUGAUUCAGUUCACAUUUAAGGCCUAACUAAUCAAAUUCCCACUUUCCAAAACAAUAGAACUGAAUCCCCAGCCGGCCUUCAAAAUUUGCACUGGUCCGAAUUUUGCGGUGCAGUUCACUGCAACCAAACAAAAUUCAUAGAUCUGGGAAAGUUAGCAGGGGAAAGUGAGCAUGCCAAGGGAAGAUACCAGUGAAACUGACAUACAAAAUUGCAUCGUAUUAGGAGAAAUUGCUAGCAAAUAAUGGAUUGUAUACAAAAAUGUACUUAUAAGAAGAAAUUUGCACUAAAAUGUUGAAGAAUUUUAUGGGGAUUAAAAAAUAAUAACAAUCACAAAUUGCUCACAAAUGUGAAGAACCAAAUUUACUAUUAGAAGAAGGAGAAACUGGGAGAACCAAAAGGGACAGAUUCAUUCAUCCCUUCUUGCAACACGCCCAGGCAGGCUAGCCCUUUUCCAGUGAGUGGGCUGGAUUGGCAGUAUACAGUGGUACCUUGGGUUACAUACGCUUCAGGUUACAAACUCCGCUAACCCAGAAAUAGUACCUUGGGUUAAGAACUUUGCUUCAGGGUGAUAACAGAAAUUGUGCUUCGGCGGCGCGGCAGCAGCGGGAGGCCCCAUUAGCUAAAGUGGCGCUUCAGGUUAAGAACAGUUUCAGGUUAAGAACGGACCUCCGGAAUGAAUUAAGUACUUAACCCGAGGUACCACUGUACUGGAAAACCACAUCAACUGCAAAUGCAACAUGCCAGGUGGGUGGGUGUGAUAUUUGAAACUUCAGGAAAUUUACAUCAGAAAACUUGUGUGGAAGUUGCAUUCCUGGGGCUGAAAAUCUUUUUUUUUUCCCCCUCCCCUGGGAGCAGAAAACAUGCAACUGAUUGCUAAACUAAAAUUCUGUGGUUGGAUGUUAGAGGAAGGAGAAAUAUCCUGAGGAGUAGUGUUGAUCCUUUAAUGAGAUUAAUUAGUCAUAGAAAUAUUAACACAGCCACAUGGCAUUUAUCAGAGAUAAAUCUGCAAAGAAGCCGAAUAGCACACACAAAAAUCAAAAGACGCUGGAUCAGAACUGGGUUGGGGAAGCGGUAAUCUUUUGCAGUCUUUUUAGCCUGAGCUGCAGCUUGGGUGGAAGGACCCACUUGCAUUGUGCAGGAGCACCCUCUUCUGGCUCCCAGCAAAUCACCUGCCAAUUUGAAUCAUAGAAUCAUAGAGUUGGAAGAGACCACAAGGGCCAUCGAGUCCAACCCCCUGCCAAGCAGGAAACACCAUCAGAGCACUCCUGACAUAUGGUUGUCAAGCCUCUGCUUAAAGACCUCCAAAGAAGGAGACUCCACCACACUCCUUGGCAGCAAAUUCCACUGUCAAACAGCUCUUACUGUCAGGAAGUUCUUCCUAAUGUUUAGGUGGAAUCUUCUUUCUUGUAGUUUGGAUCCAUUGCUCCGUGUCCGCUUCUCCGGAGCAGAGAAAACAACCUUUCUCCCUCCUCUUUGUGACAUCCUUUUAUAUAUUUGAACAUGGCUAUCAUAUCACCCCUUAACCUCCUCUUCUCCAGGCUAAACAUGCCCAGCUCCCUUAGCCGUUCCUCAUAUGGCAUCGUUUCCAGGCCUUUGACCAUUUUGGUUGCCCUCCUCUGGACACGUUCCAGUUUGUCAGUGUCCUUCUUGAACUGUGGUGCCCAGAACUGGACACAGUACUCCAGGUUACGCUUUGAAGGAAGAAGGGGAAGAUUCUUAGGCUGCGUACACACCAUACAUUUAAAGCACAUGACUUCUCCCAAUAAUUGUUGGAACUCUCAUUUGUUAAGUGUGCUGGGAAUUGUAGCUCUGUGAGCGGUAAACUACAAUUCCCAUGGUUUUGGGGGGGUUUUUUUAAAGAGAAGCCUUAUGCUUUAAAUGUAUCGUUUGUAUGCAGCCUUAUAGACCCCUUCCUGGGAUCUUGUGCAGCCCGAGGCAAACAAAAUCCAAAAGGCACUUGUCCAAGGGAAAUAAUAAGAACGAGAAGAAGAAUCAAUUUGUUGUCCCGGGUGGCGCUGUGGGUUAAACCACAGAGCCUAGGACUUGCCGAUCAGAAGGUCGGCGGUUCAAAUCCCCGUGACGGGGUGAGCUCCCAUUGCUCGGUCCCUGCUCCUGCCAACCUAGCAGUUCAAAAGCACAUCAAAAGUGCAAGUAGAUAAAUAGGUACCACUCCGGCGGGAAGGUAAACGGUGUUUCCAUGUGCUGCUCUGGUUUGCCAGAAGUAGCUUAGUCAUGCUGGCCACAUGACCCGGAAGCUGUCUGCGGACAAACGCUGGCUCCCUCGGCCUAUAGAGUGAGAUGAGCGCACAACCCCAGAGUCGGCCACGACUGGACCUAAUGGUCAGGGGUACCUUUACCUAGUAGAAUCCAAAUUUAUUUGCAAGAGACAGCCAGCUCAGUUUAGCUCAGCAAGGGCCAGCCCUGCAAUCUCACCCUCUAUAGCUCUCUCUACCCACUAUAGCCUAUAGCUCUCAUCAGGAAGGAGUUCUGUGCUGCUCUCAGUUGCAUGGUCUAUGCCUCCGUGGUAGAGCAUCUGCUUCGCAAGCAGGAUGUCCCAUGUUCAAUCUCUGACAUCUCCAGGUAGAACUGGGAGAGUCCCCUGCUACAAAACCCUGGAAAGCUGCUGCCAGUCAGUGUAGGCAAGACUAAGAAAGAUGGAACAAUGGUCUGACUCAGAAGAAGGCCCAUGUUCCUGUCUGUAUGGGAUUGUGAGCUCUAUCCUGUGUAUGCGAGGGGCAGGUGGAGGAAUGCAACACUAUGUCACUCCCCGUUUUCCUCUGCUUCUGCCCUUUCCACAGGACCACCUAUAAUCUCCAGCACCCAGACGCAGCACGCUCUUCACGGGGAGAAAGGCCAGAUCAAAUGCUUCAUCCGCAGCACGCCCCCACCAGACCGAAUUGUAAGUAGGCACCUCCCUGAGCAUCGUAAAUAGCAGCCAGAGCCCAAGGGAAAUGAAUCAUUCAUUUAUAUUCCGCCCUUCAAAAGAAAUUGUUUAGGACAGCUUAUGUUGCAUUAUAUUAAAACAGCACAAUCAAAGCACAAAUCAAAGGGCAUGUGCUGGACAGCAACUCCCAUCAGCCUCGGCCAGCAAAGCCAAUGGUCAGGAAUGGUGGGAGAUGGUGUUCAACAGCCCCUAGAGGGUGCCAUGUUGCAGAAGGUCGCUCUUCAGCCAGGAAGGUUCCAACAAUGGACUUCCUGCAUUUGUGAGCUCCAUCCAGCAGAAAAUUAUAAGGUAAGGGAUAAUGUGGAAGGCAUCUUCCACUUCUUGGAGGAUUGUUUGGCACCUUGGGGAACUGAAACCCAAACCGUCUACGUUGCUUUUUUUUGGUUUUUGCUGGUACAACUUCAUGAGGAUGAAUGGCGCUCUAGAACAAGGGUAGCCAAGGUCUCGUGGAACUGCAGGUUCCAUCUUCCUUGACCAUUGGCCAUGCUGGGUGAGGCUGAUGGGAACUGUAGUUCAACAACAUCCGAAGGCACAGGAGGCCACCUUCUUGCAGACGCUACACAGGUCUGGGUCUGGGCAGCGCCUGCCUGCGUGACCACCUGAGCACUCUAUGUAUGCUGCCUUGGGUUCCAUGGUGGAAGUCAGAGUAUAAAUGUAUGAAAACAAGUAAACAAAUAAAUAAAACAGCAGAUAAAACCAGCAUAAAAAGCAAUGCAUAUUUACAAGCAUAUGCUUCCCUUUUUUUUGCUGCAGUAAGGAUUUCUUCUGAUUUGCCUAUUUUUUUAAAAGGGAGGGGAGAUAACUUAGGUUAAUUUCUAAUAAUUUAUUUCUAAUAACUGUCUGUGUUACUAAUUAUGUUUUUGUUAAAUUCUCAUAUUACUCAUUUGUGUUUUUAAUGAUUUUCUAAUACUCUUCAGGCUACCAGUAUUCUGUGUUCUCACUCUCAGCUUUAUAUCUUACCAUGUACUGCUGUAUCUUAGGGAGGGGGGAAUUAUUUUUUUUAAUUUUUGUUAUUUUCCAAUGGUUACUAUCCAAGGUGGCUAUAUUCUUCACUGCUGGAGGCAGUAUGCCUUCAAAUACCAGUUGGUGGGAAUCACAAGUGAGGCAAGUUCUGCUGAACUCAGGAUCUGCUCGCAGCCUUCUCAUGGGCAACUGGAUGGCCACUGCAAGAGCAGAGUGCCAGACUGAAUAAGCCUUUGGCCUGAUCCAGCAGAUAAUAAAUAAAUAAAAUCACUGCAGAUUCAGGGCUAUUUUUUUUCCUCAGCCUUGGAAUGUGUGUGUGUUUGUGUGUACAAGAAAAAUAACCUGGUAGGCAGUAGACAGGUCUAUAGCUGAGGAGCCACCACUGAGAAGGCUCCUUCCCCAGAUCACCACUUAGCACACCUCCCUCAGUGGGGCAACCAGGAAAGAGUCUUCAUCUCUCACCUUUGCGUAUGAACAUACUGAUUCGGAUAAGUAAAAACUGCUCACAGAGCAUGCCAGAACCCACCCCUAAAUCACUUUUGCAUAUCAGAUUUCUAUGUUCCUAUUCGUUAGUAAAAGGCAAAAACUUGAUAAAUAAUUUCUAGCACGAGAGAACAUUACCGAGGGUGGCUAAUCCCCGCUUGCUUUGAUGCGCAGGCCUGGUCCUGGAAGGAGAACGUCCUGGAGUCAGGUACCUCAGGGCGUUACACGGUAGAGACCGUCAGCACGGAUGAAGGCGUAAUCUCCACAUUAACCAUCAGCAACAUCGUGCGGGCUGACUUCCAGACCAUUUACAACUGCACUGCCUGGAACAGUUUUGGUUCAGACACCGAGAUCAUACGCCUGAAAGAACAAGGUGGGAACUGCUAUCACGGCAUUCAUGUUUGGAAGGGAAAGAGCCGCUUGCUGAAAUGGAGAGAAGGGGUUGGAAGGUGUGUAAAUGUCAAAUAGGAUGUAAGACCAGUGUGGCUUGGACUUAUAGCUGGGUAAGGAUAAGGAACCACAUGAUGUGGUCCUCUCUUGCGAUCUUGACCUUCAGACAUUACAGGAGUGGCACAGGAAGCAGGUAUGAAAGCAACUCCAGUGCAGCUGAGAUCUAUCAGGCAGAGGCCUUAGAAAGAGACAGCAAAGAAUGGUAAGGAGGGUAUGAGUGCUCACGUCAAGCAGUGAGGCACUUUGUUGAAGAGCAGCAACAUGAGAAACCUUCUGUGAUCCUCGCACCAUUUGAAAAUGUUGCACAACUCUAAGUGGUGUUAACCUCAAUCCAAGUUUAUUUCUGCUGCUUCCUUUCUGAAGCAAAGGUACCAGUCUUAGAAACUUAACCAGGAUUAGCUUAAUUUCGAAUUCCCUGCUGCAUUGGCUUGUCCCUAAACCCUGCAGUUUGUGGUUAGCACCUCCACAACACUGAAACAAUCACUUCCUGAGUAUGUGCAUUGGGGUUUUUUUCCAGACAAGCCACCCUUUCUUUGAUUGAAAAGAAAUUACCUGGGCUUUGAAGCUGCUAAUUUGUGGUCUGCAGUGGGUACACCUUCAAUUGAGGAUAGUCUAGGGUCAAUAACAUGGUGCCUUCCAGAUGUUGUUGGACUACAACCUCCAUCACCCUUGACUAUGCUAUAUGAGGCUUUAUGGGAGUUUGGAUCCAAUAACAUCUGGAAGGCACCAUGUUGGCUCCCCAUGCAAUAGCUUGUUCUGACUGGCAGCAACACAAGCAAUCACAACUAGGCAGAGCUCUUCCACUUCUAAUUAUAUAUGCAGACACAAGACUGCGUUACAGAUAACCUGCUGCCAGUUCUCCAAACCAAGGAACAAGUGGCAGAUCUGAGCACUCCCUGCCUCCCUCACUUGGCUUGGUAGAGCAUUUCCUCAAACUGUACCUGCCAAACUGUGGUUUGUGCAAUCCCAUUCAAACAAAGUUUGCACAGAUCACGCAAGCCACAGUUUGCUGGUAAGGACAACAUGGCAAACUAAGGUUUGAGGAAACGAGGAAGUGUUUUGGAGAAAAGAGAGGAAGGAGCACUCAUUACAGUCUCUCAUUCUCAACCACAAUCAUCUGGAGGAUCAGGAAUGCGAUAUCUGAAUGAGGGAGCAGGUGAAGGAAGGAAAUGCAUGGCGUGCAGCAACCACUGCACUUUGUGCAAUUUGUGAACAAGUAGACUAUCUUCACCUCUCAGCUGCUAUCGUCUAUUACUCCUUUUUUUUAAUACUUUCUCCCAAAUUCAGCAGUAGCACUGGGGGAAAGGGGAAGAACCAUUCCCCCUUCAGCCUUGAAAGGUUAUUUUGGUUGGAAGUAAACAAGCCUUUAAAGUAUUUCAUCCAGCCUAAUGUCUCCUGUUGCAAAAAAUGAAAAGAAAAAAGUAAACCCAAACCAUGUUAAUUCCUCUGUCCUUUGGCACAUUACACAGUUACAGUCCAAGCUCAGAUCUGUAACCAGUGUCUGGGAAGGGACGGCUGCAAGGUUUAAUGCUGUCAUGCAAGAAAAAUGGAGCAGAGUGGGAGGAACUAGUUCAGCAGAAGCCAAAUGAAGAGUAAAAUGACUAAGAAGUUCCAAGUUGCUGCCAUUGCAUCCCACUGUUUUGUGCUGUCAUGAGCAUGUCAUAGCGAUGGGAUGUCACUCUUAGCAUAGCUGCUUUAAUGAGUACCCUGCUUAGCUGUUUAUUAAAGCGUUAAGCUGAGUCGCCCAACAGUAAGUUUAACCACUGAAAAAGAGAGGACCUCCCUCUUAACAGGGGCAGAAAUUGUUUCACAUAGAAGGGCUUCAGGGCUUUGGGGUUAUGAUUUAGGGCUGAACGUAUUUCAGCUUUGCUUUUUGGCUUGAAAAUAGUUGUUUGGGACAUACCUUAUCCUGUCUUUUUCAUGAAUGUUCACUACUAUUUGCAGUCACUUUCUCCCACUUUGCUGCUGCUUUCGUGGCCAUUCCCUCCCUGCAUUUCAUCCCCCUCUCAAGUGAUCCCAAGCAAUCAGGGAUCAUGUACUGGAUGUGAUAACAUCACGACCCUGUAUAGCCAAUCAGACUUUGGUUGAUGUCCCUAGGGGCAAAUGAAGCCUAUUUAGUGUGAGAGUAACCAACAUUUCCCCAAAGCACGGUCCCUUUGACUAAAACCCUGGUUAUGUUCCCCUCCUCAAGAGGGCGUAGAGGCUGGAAGAGUCCCAGAGGGAAAGCUGGACCUUCAUCUGGAGGCCCUCGAGUUACAUCCUUCUGCGUUAAAUGCUAGGGCAGACUGGUAGAUUGCUCUCAUCAAGCUCUGAUUUAUAGGCAAGGCUGCCAUCCAAAUUAAAUUGGAACUAAAUGAACUUCUUAAAAUUAGCCUUGGGUUCUAUCCAGGGCAGAUCAACUCCCUGGUUUGUUUUCCUGCCUCCUGCCUAAGCACAGAAAUGUGUCUGGGUUAGCAGAUGUUUCUGUGUUGUGGAGGGAGUGGCUCCCGCCAAGCAGCUCUACACGGGGUUCUCGGCCGAUCACAAUGCAGAAAAGCACAAUUAAAGACCGUUUGACUCAGGGUCAUUGUUCCAGGUGCCUCAUAAAGAAAAGGGUGACUGCCAAGUGCCCGCCAGCAGAGUAGGGCUCUCCAUUGCAGAGGAGCUCUGCUGGAAAAGGGGGGAAAUUAAUCCUGGGAUGAAAACCUGCAAGUGCUGCAUCACUGACAAUUAACACAAUAUCAACAUUGAUUUUUAAGGACAGAACCGAUAAGAGAGUAGACAAGAGACCUUAUCAACUGCCUCUCUAAUAGUCAAUCCAAUCAUCCAGAUAAAAGCAUAUGGUACAGACCAGCCAGGACUGUACCUUUUGAGAAUGCAAGAGGGGCAAUGCAUGUUUAGAUAUGCCCCUGUGUUUAAAAAGCAUGACUGAAGGCAGAAGGCAAGUGAGUCAGGGAGAAGGCUGGGUUAAAAACACUUCCCCCUGAUAUGCUAACAUUCCAUGUGCAGGGAGUCCUUUGUUUGUUUUCAACAUGGGGCUCUGAAGAGGGGCAAUCCUAGGUGCCAGACUACGCUGCCAAGUCCCCACAGUGAUUUCCACCAAAGGACAUAUAUGAAACUCUCUUGGCUAGAAACUUGCCCGGCCUCCAGUGGCUACAUUGCAAUGGAGAACUUUAAAUACCCCUGAGCAGCUGCCCUUGGAAUUGGUGGGUGAGGAACUCCCAUAUACAUCGUAUGAUUUAAAAAGAAGAAACUGGCAAAAGUUUUAAAUAGAAAUAACUGCACAGUUGGGAUUUGGCAAGGCUGUAGACACUUGCUUUAUUUUCAAACAGGUACGGAAAUGAAAUCAGGAGCUGGUAUGGAAGCAGGUAUGGAAUCAUGAGUGAAGGUGACUAUAUGACUGGCCCCGGAGCUAUGUUCUAUAACCACCACCACCCCAACCAAACAAUGAAGCUGUAUCCAUCUAGGUUAUCCCUCCCCUGAAAAGGAGGCUUGUGGGAGGUAAAACGACUCAUUAGGAAGGGAGAAUGAUUUGAGUGAAACACCAUCUUGGUUUUCAAAUUCCAUUGAAAUGGCUUUUUGGUGCCUUCCGAGCUCAGGUCUUCCUAUUUUUCUAAACGGGAUCGUGAUAAAAUUAACACUCUUGCUGCUUUGAUGGAGGGGGAAAUGGCAACACAUUAGGAAGAGAAAGUAUCCAUAGAUCUAAAGCUGGAAAAUGCCCAUGUCUUUGCUAAUCCAGCUGUGUAGCAAUCUGACAUAUAUUUGCCCAUGACCCCUAAACCCUUUCAUGCUGGUGCCCUAAAAUUGCCGGUUGCACUCUAGAACUGGAUUUCAGUCCUAUGUUCAGCAACCAGUAGCAAAGUCAAAUUCCUGGUAUAGCCUAUUCCUUAUCCCACAAUGAAUAAAUUAGCAAUGGUCAUCUUAGAAAAAGACACUAAUUGUUGUGGUCCAGGGAAAGGUUUUGGGAGCCCAUCAAUCUUAGAAGCAGUUUAUUGCUGACUCCAUUCCAAAUCCAUCCAGUCUCUAAGUGCCUCCCACAAGGCCUUGAUUGGACACCCAAGGGAAAUGAAGGUGGCCAUGUUCUUUAGUCAGUUCCAUUGCAUGGUUUAUUUGGCUAACUUAAGCUUCUCAUUUCCCAGAAUUUCAGUAUAUGCGGCAAUUAUCUCCAUCUGGCUGACCCUACCGCACUGUACACAGCACACUCUGGACAUUUGGGUUGCAUCCAGCUAAGUUCUGCUCAGAGUAGACCCACUGAAAUGAAUGAACCUAAGUUUGUUUUGUCUAUUAACUUCAGUGGGCCUACUCUGAGUAGGCCUAGCAUUGGUCACAAACCAUUGUCUCUAUCAUGCACCAUCUUUCUUUAUGGCUCUUAUUUCCAUUCACAUUUGUCAACCUAGGACUCAACCCUGUCACCAUCAGCAUCUUCUCACUUGCCUCUGGAUCUCUCUGUGUGUUCCUCUGAUGUUUUGGAGCUAGCAGCAUGUUGCCCAUGCCAACUCAUCCCUGGUCAGUAGGCCUUCCUUGCUUCUUUAGAAUGGACAAGGAAUUGCAAAGGGUUUGUCAAAGGGUUGUAUCCAACCAAAUCCUACUUAGAGUAGAUCCACUGAGAUAAAUGAACCUUAGCUAGCUAUCCCUGUACUGUUGGUCUACUCUGAGUAGAACUACCAUUGGAUGCAACCCAAUACCUUUUCAACAUGGUGAACUUUCACCCUCAGCUUUGCCUUGAAUUAAAUAUUUGCAUCCAGGUGGGUGCAGCCUUCUUUCAGGCCCCCUCCAGUGCCAUUUGCACCCUACUUUGUCCCUCCCCAAUAUAGACCAGCCCACUGAUAUCUGUGUAUUGCUGAUGAACAACUUCAUUGCAGUGAUCUUCUGAGACCCAUGAACUGCCCCAUGUCCACCUGGGAACACCCAUUGUUGUGCACUCUUGUCUAUCUAUCUGUUCCCAAAAUAAAAGAUGAGGGCCAAUGCUAUAAAUGUGUGAAAGGCAAAAUCUUAAUUGCUCAGGUUCUUUAAGCAAAUCUCUGGCUUGUUGUUGUUGUUGCUGCUGCUGCUGCCAUUAUUAUUAAGCAGUAUUGAUCUAGAUGCAAUUUUGGUGGGGUGUUUGCUUGACAGUAAAUGGCUAGAGAUGCAAUCCCUGGCAUUUCUGCUUAAAGGAUCUCAAUUAACAAAGAUGUGGGAAAUUUCUGCCUGAGACCAGAAAUCUACUGCCAGUCCGCCCACUGGGACUGGUAGGCCAGGAAGAAGAGAGGCAAACAGUAGGCAGAGGCAGAGCCAACCAACUCUCAUUUUGUCCCCCUCUCCCCACUGAGUUCUGCGAGGGCAACUCUGAGACUAAGGAUGAACAAAUGGGUAGGCAUUUCUGCCCGCGACUGAUUGUAAGAAGCCAGGUGGGUGGGAGCUGGCUGAGGGCAGGCUGAGGUUAGUGGGGCAAUCCGAUGUUUGCCUGAAUGUACCAGCCUCCACCACAGUCACAAUAAAUGGAACUGGAAUAGAUAAACCAAUGGUUUGGCUCUAUAAGGCAAGGACCUUUUGUUACUGUUGUCAUCUAUUUGGCAGCGCUGUGGGUUAAACCACAGAGCCUAGGACUUGCCGAUCAGAAGGUCGGCGGUUCGAAUCCCUGCGACAGGGUGAGCUCCCAUUGCUUGGUCUCUGCUCCUGCCCACCUAGCAGUUCAAAAGCACAUCAAAGUGCAAGUAGAUAAAUAGGUACUGCUCCGGUGGGAAGGUAAACGGCGUUUCUGUGCUCUGCUCUGGUUCUCCAGAAGCAGCUUAGUUAUGCUGGCCACAUGACCCAGAAGCUGUAUGCUGGCUCCCUCGGCCAAUAAAGCGAGAUGAGCGCCACAACCCAGAGUCAGCCACGACUGGACCUAAUGGUCAGGGGUCCCUUUACCUUUACUUAUAUGCAAACAGAGGAUUCAGAUCCAGGUUAGAGUAGACCCAGGACUCACUGAAGACCCUUUAAUUUCAACGGGUCUACUCCUAGUGUGACUAGCCCAUCUGGAUCCAGCCCAAGGAGCCAACACACACACACACAGAGGAAGAAAUCAUGCACUCUAUAAUCUUAAGGGCUGGGUAGUGGCUCCAUGUAAGCAAAUCUGCACACCACUGUCAGUUCAGAGCUUUAGCACAGGGGACAGGAAAUUGACACAGCAGGUAAGUUCCAUGCCUGCUGCCAGAAACAUGAAUUGUGUGAUGUAGAUUGUACAGGCGCCAUCUCACAUGCACCCCCAGCUGCAGUGUGGGCAGGCAGGGACAAGCGAGGGCCAAAUGCUGUACUAUUUGUGCUCCUGCUCCCUGUUGAGACUUAACACAGCAUGGGGCAUUUUAAUAGGAAUGGCUGCUGUCAUGCCGCUGCAAUAACUAAUCACACAUUCUUACAUUGGGAAGGAGGGGAGUCGGCUUCGAUUGCAAGGGAAAGCAGGUUUCAAACUCAAUUUAGUGUUGUCAAAUUCAAAAAUUAGGCCUGUGGCAUUGCAGAACUUCAAGCUCCAUAUAGCAUACAGCUUGGACCCAGAUAAUGAAAUCUUUCAUUGCAAUACCUUCCUUGCCAAUAGGGGAUAAAUAGCAAGAGCACACCCAGAGACACCAGCAGUAGGGGUUUUUUCAAUAAUAAUAAUAAUAAAAUCCGAUUGGAAAGAAGCCCUCAGAGAAAAAGACAGUGUGCAAUGAUAUUGUAGGACUUCAUAUAUUCACUCUGUCUUAAUGAUUCCACAAUAAAUUGGCUCAGUUUGCACUGAGGGUGAAGGAAUGGUUGGGGCGUGUUCCCCCUCCCCCCAGUCUCCCUUGGACUCCAGCUGGGCUCUAAAAUGUCCAGCUGGGAUAAUUCUCUCUAUCCCCAUGAGCAGUAAUGAUAAACCCAUGCAUGGAUUUGAACUACAAAUCCAGUAACUGGGAAUGGGGAGCUGGGCAAGAGAGGGCAAGCCCUUAUAUACUGUUGGGCCUCUUCCUCUGUUAACCGAAACAAUAGGAGAAAUUAACCUAAGGUUAGGAAUGGGAGAGAAUGUUAAUUCAUUUAAUGGCAAACCUCCCUAAUUUGCAAUUUCUGAAACAAUUCACCAAACAAAACAUAGACCUCUACAGAAAUUCUCACUUCUCUGGGUUUGCCAAUGCAGUUUUCCAGCCAAGAAAUACGUACGAAAAUUGCAUAUACUAAAGUGCCCAUAUAAAUGCAUAUAGACAUGAAAAGAACAUGCAAAGAUGUGUUAUAUUAGGGAGCUUUUUUUGCAAAAAAAGUGUAUAUUAGGCAAAACAGCAUGUAAUAUGUAUAGACUGGCAUAGAUUCUCCUUAAAAUGCUGGUGAAUUUUCAUGCGGAUGUGUUCUAAAAGAAAAUGCAAACUGAUGUAGAGAACUGAACUUAAGACUGGAAAAAUAAGAAAUUGAGAGAAACCAAAACUGACAGAUGCACCCAUCCUUGCCCAAGAUCUAAGAGGAUCUAUCCUUUGCCUGUAGCUGCCAGUCCCUUUCCAUUAUCAGCUCAAAUGAAAGAUAGAGUUUUACAAAACAGCCAUCAUCUUGUGCUAUACUUUUACAUCCUUUAUUUCAACAAAGACAUCCAGCUUACAUGCCACUUGCAAAUGUUGGUGGUCUUGCCACUGUGUCCUCCUUAACAAUAUUUGCCCCCCUACCUCUAUGUGAACAGUUUUGAGACCUACCCCUCACAACAGUUAGCAGACAGAAUUCUUACCCUUUUUUUGAUAGGUAUAUGUCAGGGUGGCGCUGUGGGUUAAACCACAGAGACUAGGGCUUGCCGAUCAGAAGGUCGGCGGUUCGAAUCCCCGCAACGGGGUGAGCUCCCGUUGUCCGGUCCCAGCUCCUGCCCACCUAGCAGUUCGAAAGCACACCAGUGCAAGUAGAUAAAUAGGUACCGCUCUGGCGGGAAGGUAAACGGUGUUUCCGUGCGCUGCUCUGGUUCACCAGAAGCGGCUGAGUCAUGCUGGCCACAUGACCCGGAAGCUGUACACUGGCUCCCUCGGCCAAUAAAGCGAGAUGAGCGCCGCAACCCCAGAGUCGGUCACGACUGGACCUAAUGGUCAGGGGUCCCUUUAUCUUUAUCCUUUUUAUAUGUCAGGGUUGGUGAACCCGUAGCCUUCUGGACGUUACUGGACUUCAACUAAAUCCUGGCAGGUGCGGCCAAAGGUCAGGAAUUAUGGCCGUUGGAAUCUAGCAACAUCUGGAGGCCCAGAAGUCCCCCAGAUCUGGUACAUAGCAUCUAUGAGGUUGUUUUUCUCUUCCUUCCUGGUAUAUACAACAGCAGCCUUUUCAGUAUAUGCAAUCCACAUAAUAAUGGAUUGUGAGUCUUCCAAACAGAAAGCAAUUCUAUACAUUUGGGCUGACUGCAGAAACAAUUUUCCCCUCUACCUACUGAUUCAUCACACGGUCAUUCAAUUUCAGGGCAUCAUCCUCUUUAUUAUUUAAAAAACGUGUUUAGUUCAGGCAACUUUUCCCCUGAGGUAAAAGCAACAAUUACAGGGUACUGAUUGGGAUCAGUACUGCAGCAUGUGGAGAAAGGGGUUUAAACCUUUACUCCAUACCUACAGCAGUUUUCCACUUAAAAUGUGCCCCUCCCAGCUACUGUUUGCCACCAGAGGCAGUGGGGUAGCUAUGGGGGGUAGGGGGUGCCAUUAUUAUUAUUAUUAUUAUUAUUAUUAUUAUUAUUUAUACCCCGCCCAUCUGGCUGGGUUUUCCCAGCCACUCUGGGUGGCUUCCAACACAAUAUUAAAAUACAGUAAUGCCUCAAACAUUAAAAGCUUCCCUAAACAGGGCUGCCUUCAGAUGUCAUCUAAAAGUCUGGUAGUUGUUGUUUGGAGUAUGGGCCCACUCCCAGGCCCAAGAUGGAAAAUGGGCUUCAAGGAUCUGAGGGCAAUGAAACAAUCGCUGAGAUGGCUAGAGCGCCGGUGGCGGAUAACUCAUUCUGAAUCUGACCAGACACGGGUUAGAGCUCAAUGUCGAGCCUACCAAGUGGCGAAAGUGAUGGCAAAGAAGACCUUCUUCACCUCUAUUGCAUCUGCGGAAAACAGCAGCAUGAGAUUCUUUCAGGUGGUUUGCAAUUUAGCAGAACCACCUGCUCCAUCAGGGCCCAGUACGGGCCACAUGAUCUCCUGCAAUGAUUUUGCAAAGUUUUUUUGCAUAUAAAGUCGCUCAGAUUUGGGAAGAGGUAGACUUCACUGUGGGAGCAGGACCGGGGCGGGGGAGUGCUAGAGCCCUGUUUAGUCAGGUUGCAUGGGAUCAGUUCCAAUCUGUUACCCCCAAAGAUGUGGACAGGCUGCUUGGACGAGUGAAACCAACCACUUUUCUCCUUGAUCCUUGCCCAUCCUGGCUUAUAAAAGCUAGCCGGAAAGCCUUUAGAGAGACACCCCUGAGGCUCCCAGCCUGUACGCAAAAGUGUAUGUGUGGGUGUGCCACACUGGGUCUUUGACCUGGGUGAAAUAAAGCCUAGGUUGCUCCUGCCAGGGGUACCGUUUGUUGUAAACACAAAACCCCAGUGGAGAAAACUGCCAAGUCAAUCAGAACCAGACAGUCUUGUGAAAAAACAACAGCUAAGUACACAACAGAAAACAGGUAUUGUGAAAGGAAACAAGAAACACAUGCGCACAGAACAGAACAGCAAUUUCACAGACUCCCUUUCUUAAAUAUUCCAUUUCUUCCCCCUCUAAUUUAAGUGGGAUCUGCCAAAACCAAUGAAGAUCCUCUUUUGGCAGUUAGCACAUUCUGUGGCUGUGUGGUACAACACCAAAGUGUUCAAGGCAGAAACUAAUUGGAAUAAAGAGCACCGUUUGCUGUAAAAGUCAAGCAAAACUGUGCUGUAGUGGAAAAUGUCAUUUCAAUAAGAGAAUAGCUGGGGCUUAAACUCCUUCAUCCUUGCAAUGGUGAUUAAAAUAAAUAAACCUCAUUGAUAAAAUGUUUUCCCUAAAGCAUAAAAAGCAGGUCGGUUUUUGCAAACUGAGAAGUAGUGGAUUGAAGAAGCUUAAGCCAACAACACACUGGCGGUAAAGUAGGUUAGCAUGAAGUUCAGGUCGCUUCUGCAUUCUUUGCAGCACCUCGCACAGUGUAUAUAGUAUACACUAUAUACAGGUAGCAUUCUACCUGAUUCCCUUCAUCCACUACAUCUUGAACACAGCAUCCCUUCAUGUUAAUCCACAUCCCUUCUGCUGUUCUAGCCUGAACCAAGUUCUGUUGGAUGCAUCAGGGCGGGUUUAGUGUCCAGUUCUGCCAAAUUGUAAUAAAAAUGGCUAAAAUCUGUCAUACAUUAAAACCACAAGCAAUGUGAAACAAUUCAGCAUAAAAAUGGGAGACAGAAUUUCAAGCCACACUAAGCUCUUAUCCACUCCACCUGAAGCUUAAAACUAAGUGCCAAGCAAUCAGACAUAUCUAGGAAGGGAAUUCUACAACCUGGGUGCCACAGUGGAAAAGGCCCUGCCUUGCAUCCAACCAAUUGUGCUUCUAAAAGUGGUGGGAUACGUGCUGUGUCAAAAAAAUACUUCCUGCAUUUCCCCCCGUCCCAGUUAUUAUCCAUCAAUUAAUGAGAUAAGAAAUUGCAUUCAAAAUUUUACCUAAGGCAUGAUAAAAUUUCAGUGAAAUUCUUAUGAGUGGGGUGCAGGAUUUCAUAUGUACUUGCCUUGCUUUUGAGGUAGCCAACUGUUAUUUGGGAAUGUCCUUCCUUCCAUUCUACAAAUCAUCUCACCAGUGAUCUGCACAUUGCAGCCUCCCCAGGUGCCCAUGCCCCAGUCAAAACUCAUCAUGCAGUAGCUCUACCCAUGAAGUGUUUGAGAUCAGGAGGCAUGGGCAGUCAGGGAGGCUGCACAAUGCUGGAGAACUGCUUGCUAGAAAUAAAAAGCACAUCCACCACCCUUGACCAUAUGGAAGGAAACAGACCUUCAAAUAUUUGGAUCUCAAACCAAAGCUUUCGUCAGCUACCUGGCCAAGGCCAGCCAGUGAGCUUUGGGACUGAAUGGGGAUUUGAACCCAGGUCUCGUCAGUUUUCAUCCAAUGCUCUAGUCACCAUAAGCACACUGGACCACACAAUGAACAGUUUGAUUUGGGAUGGUGAUUGUGUUUUGACUUACAUGCUAAUGAACAACCAAGCCAUAACAUCGAAACUGUGCACUGACUGAUUGCUGAUUGGAGUGGGAAAAGCUUCAGUGCUAGAUAAUUCUGCCGCACUACUCCAGCUUCCAGAGAAAGUGCUAAAAAAAGCAAACCCACCUCUCCUUCAAGAUAGAUUCCGAUGACAAUUUGUUUCCUAUCUGUUUACACUGCUUUUCAAUUAUCUAACUUACAAAGGGGAUUACACAACAUACAGUAUUUUUUAAAAAAACUAAGCACAAUCUAUUAAGAGCAACAAAACCAAUGAAACCUAAUUAACAGUCAACAGCAGGAUCAAUCCACAAUGUCAAUCGAUAAGCAGGGAUCUAGUUUUCAAAGGCCUGAUACCAGAAAAAAAUGUUCCUACUUGUCUCUGAGAGGAGGCAAAUGCCCGAGUCAAAUGAGCCUUCUCCUUGGGAAAGGUGUUCCACAGAAUUUGGGCAAGCACUGAAAAACUGCUGCUCCUACUGGAUGCUGUUCUUGCAUCUCUCAGCCAGUGCUGAUGGUAUCUGCUUAUAAACUCUCUACAUGGCGACUGAAUCUGUAUGGAGAGUCUGAAGCAUCCAGCCAUUCAUAAAGGAAAACUACACAUCUCCACCAUAACAUAUUUCAGUUUGGUAGGUCAGAGUUGUGACCAGACAUGAUAAAUGAGUAUAAAUUAUGUUGUUUUAGUCACCAAACACCAAGCCCAUAGGAAGCCAACACAUGGUCCAUCCAGAAUAUGAAUGGAUGGAGGUCAAGAUGUUCUCAGAGUUUAGAGCUGUGUCUUGACCCUAGCCACCUCCUGGGCUCAUGCACACAAUAUUGCCACAGAUUUUUGUAAGAACUGUAAACUUUCUUUACUUAUGAUUUUGAAACAAAAGCUGAGGUUUCCAGUGUGCCACAUCCUUUGCUUAGUAUCAAAAUUACAUACCUGUGCAGCAAAUUUACACAUGCCCAGACUGCGUGCUGCCUGGAUUUUUUAUUAUUAUUAUUAUCUCCCUGUCUCCUCUGCAAAAGUCUUAAUAUUUCAAAUAGUUCACCUGCACUAAACUGAAUAAAUCACCCACACUCACCCUACCCUGGCCUCUACCAGCAAUGUUUGCAUUUGUUUUGCCAAAUGUGAGAGAUCCAGGGGUCAGUGACAUGAGCCACACAUCUCCAUUUGUCUUCCCUCUGAACAAACAAGUCCCCAACCAACUCAUUUGAGUAUACCAUGUGUCAUUCACCAAGCUACCCUUGCAUUUUAUUGGUUUGGCACUAAUCUGAGGCCCCAUCUGCACCAUACGUUUGAAGUAAUUUCAUACCACUUUCAUCACCUAAUAAUCUUGGGAACUGUUGUUCCUUAAGGGUGCUGAGAGCUGUUAGGAAACCUCCUCACAGAGCUGCGGUUCAUAGAGUGGUUUCUCAAUCCCUCUUCCCAAUAAAUUUUGGGAACUAUAACUGUGCGGUGAAAUAGUGGGUUUCCUAAUAUCUCUCAGCACCCUAAGAAACUACAAUUUCCGUAAUUCUUUGGGGGCAGUCGUGACUGUUUCAAGUGGUAUUGUGCUGCUUUAAAUGUAUAGUGCAGAUGUGGCCUUAAUGUUUGACUGUAGGAGGAUCUGAUGAUAGACAACCAGGGUUCUGGUAGUGAAUGGGGGACAAUGAGAAAGGACAAAAGUUGGUGAUAUCCGGAGCCCAUCUCCACUUCAUUUGCUCUCUUGUUUUUUCCAGAGUCAGUGCCAAUGGCAGUCAUCAUAGGUGUGGCAGUUGGAGCUGGUGUGGCGUUUUUGGUGUUGAUGGCCACCAUUGUGGCCUUCUGCUGUGCUCGCUCGCAGAGAAGUAAGUCACUUUCUUUUUAUUCAAUUGACUCUCUGACCAUAUCAUGCUGGAAGUCUGGAAGCCCUUCUUCUCUGCCUAGGAAAACCACAUGGAGAGGUAAUGUAAGUUUAUCCAAAGCUGCCUCUUCUUGUGACGUCCUCAAAGACCCGUCUGGCCUUGAUUCCCUGGUUAUGAUAAACAUUUUAUCCCUCCAAUCAUGACGCUGGGAUGGAGACAGCUUGGGAGGAGUCAACUUUGGCUAGGUAAAAUCAUUUGGCAAGUCUAUAGUGAAGGGAACUUUCAUUAGAUUAGGUUGAUGGUUCUAUCUGUAAUUAAGAGAAGGGAAUGUAACCCAAUGGUAGAGCACAUGUGUUGCAUGCAGAGAGGCCCAGGUUCAGUUCCUGACAUCUCCAGGUAGUGCUUGGAAAUACAGUGCCUAAAACCCUGAAGAUCUGCUGCUGAUAGGCCAGUGGUCUGACUCAGUGUUAAGACAGACCAUCAGGUGUCAGCUAUUUUACACAUGCUGUGCUCCUAAGUGCAAUGUGUAGAACAGCUCUGAGCUCUUGCUGCACAUGCCUCCAGGGUGAACAUGAUAUGGAUGCACCAUAUUAUUGGUUGACUAAAUCCAACUUAUUUUGUACACAUGCUUAAGCUGUCCUUGUGACUUCAACCCACCAUUAAACCAUGCCAUAAAUGUGGGAAGUAAUGUGAAGGAAGUACAUUGUAGAGCUAUCCCAUGUAAACUUCAGUAUGCUGUUGCAGCACUGCAUUUCAGGGCCUCUCCAGGUGUCCUUUUCAUUGUGCAUUCAUGAUUAUUUGUGCUCAUGGUGGUAUUGGGACAGUUAUUCAGGAUCCCAUUUUCAGCACCAUUUGCACCUGCAGCAGUUUUGGAGCAAAUGUACUCUUUGUUUGCAGUCAGUUCAUGUCCUGUAUCUCCCUGCUGAAAUCCUGAAGCUUUUCAUACUGCAAAUGUUCUAGGUUGUUGGUUUAUUUGUGCCACUUUUGUUGUGCUAUAGCACAAGAGUGCCCUUCCAGAAGAAAAUAAAACAGCAACAUUGGGAAAUCACAGAACAACUAAUAAAGCAGAAUGAUGUGUGCAUGGUCCAAUAUAAAUCCACCGCUCACACACUAUUAUUGUGUCAAUGGCAUGUUGCAGAAUACACUUGUGAAGGAACUUUCCAUUCUGUCAUGUACUGUAUUUGCCACAUGCAGCACUGUUUCCAUUGUGCUGCAGUUUGUCUUCCACCAAAAGUUGUGUUAUUCAUCUCACUGUCCACUGUGGUGAAAUUAUGUACCAGUAAUUAUAUUUUCAUUGCAUUAUCCCACUCCAUUCACUUCAAUGCAAAGGAACCACAAUGCAAAAGGGGGAGUGGGAGAGAGAGAGAGAGAGAGACUAUUCCAUAUCAUUUGCAGACUAAGAGCAACAACAACAGUGAACACUGAUUAUAAUUGCUAGAUUGAGUUCUGUUCUGGACAUGGGGCAAAUAAGCAGACAUUGGCAGUUUCUGCUCCUGUUUCUGUCUGAAUUCUCUGACAUCCCUACUUCCAUCUCCACCAUCGAGCAGCUCUUGCCAUUUGGAGAUUUAUUCUUAUCUUAGCUGUCAUCUGCUUUCCUAGAAUUUCCACCCAAUUGGUGCUAAUCUUGCCAUCUGGAGAAAUGAUCAGUUUGCCAGAAAGAUAGAUAAGAUUGAUAUUUGCACCAGCCACCAAGCAUUGCUGUUACUCUUCAGAUGUUUGAAGACAUUGACCAUGCCUCCUCUUAAACUUCUCUUCUCCAAACCAAACAUACCCGGCUCUUUCAACCAUUCUUCCACAGACUUGGCUUUUCCAGACCCCCUCAUCAGCCAAGUCAAUCUCUUUCUUAAAAUGUGGCUCUCAGACCUGGAGACAGUGCCAUUUACUGCUUUUUGCAUGGGAUCCCAAUAUCUGCCCUGGGGUGGGCAGCCCGCUCUUCCCUAGUUGUAGCACCAACCACAUCUGGAGGUCUUCUUUUGCAUUUGACCAAAUGUAUGGAGAAUACAGCAGAAAUACGCAUUAGCUUCAUAUUAACGUGUUGCUUUUAUCUUAUACUAAAAGAUGUCUUGGUUUUAUGAACAUUGCUCCCCGUUCUGAGCCUGCAGGGAUCAGGAAGGCUAUACAUUUAAAAUGAAAUCUAUACUCGAAUCCCUUGCUGAGCCCGUAAUGCUGUUGGCUUUGCUGCCGAGUCGACAAAGCAGAUGUUAAAAUAAACAUCACAAAUGCAAGAAAAGGAUUGUGGAGGUAAACAGGAGCAGCUCAUUAGGAAAAAAAGCAUAGAAGUUAAAGAAUGAUUGUUGGCUGAGCGAACAGGGAUCAAACCAUCGGGGGAAGAAAGAGUGAUUGUUCUGAGCUUCUGAGACAGCAAGAGAGAACAAGCAGUCCUCAACCAUGCCUCUAACUGUAGGGAUAGUGAAAGACAAAUAAGCCAAACACUAUGCAAAAUCCCUGUGUUGCAGUGCCAAUAUAUAUAAAAAACCCAGUUGGUUCUUUCUGGAUUGUUUGCAAAGAAAUCAAAGAGCCAGAAGCUCUCCCUGGACUUGCUUAAUGAAUGGCUGGGCCUGCAUACUAGUUUGUUCUUAACAGCAAUAAUUGUGUCUGCUUCCCCCCACUCCCCCCCCUUUUUAUGACUCUCCCAAACCCCAUUAAGCGGCUCUUUCAGGUAUUAGCAAAUUAAAUAUCUGGCAGUCAUUAAUCUUGCAUUUUGGUAAGUAUUUUUUGAUGGGCAGGCGCGCGGCUAAGACCUGAGAAGAGGCCAAUUCAAUUUCAGUGGAAUCAUUCAGCGAUGAUGGCACCAUUCAAGCUUGCUCAAUGGAAAAUGGGCCAACUCGUCGUUGCGGUGUCAACGGUCAGACAUAAUCAGUCUCGUCUGCACAUUCCCCUCAUCUUUCUUUUCUUUUCUUUUAAGAUAGAUGUGAGCACACUGUAUCAUUCCUCUGAUCCUGGGACAGAGGGAGAACAUGUGGCUCAUUACCUACUCCUUAUUUGAUGUAACCAGAUGGCUCUGGAUUAUUUGCAGGGCACACAACAUCUAAUAUUGGUAUAUUUGUGAUGAUGACAGAUCAGGCGUGCAGCAGUGGUGCCAAGGCUUGGAUUAGGAAGCAAAGCCAGAGUUUCAAAGCACCGGAUGUUUGGAGGCUGGAGCCAAGCUAGUGGCAUUCCCAAGGCUCUAAAUGAAACCUUUGGGUCUACUCUGUUUUGAUUCACAAGCUGAAAACAUCCAUGAACAGUGUGUAUGAGGUGGUGUUGGUGUUGAUUUGCAUGCUGAUCUCCUUCAGCAGUCCCUUGCCCACCCUCAGAACUGCAUGCUGAACUCAAAACAAACUGAGCUAACUGACAUGGAUGUAAGAAAGCAUUGCUUUCUGUUUUGCCCUCUUGUUAAUCCCAUGCAGUGCUGUCUCCAUUCUGCUGCAGUUUGUCUUAUGCCAAAAACUACGCUAUUCCUCUUGCUAGCUGCUGUGGCAAAAUUAUGUAAUUUACUUAAAUAAUUAAAUACAUGAAUUUGAGAGAGGUGUAGCCAAUUACGUAUCAUUUGUGGACUGAACAGAACAACAGUGAAUACUGAUUAUAUUUGCUGGGUAGAUUUCUGCUACAGACAUGACAUGAAUAAACAAAAAUUGGCAACUGGAUGGCCUCGGUCCAGUAUACCUGAAGGAGCGUCUCCACCCCCAUUGUUCUACCCGGACACUGAGGUCCAGCACCAAGGGCCUUCUGGCGGUUCCCUCACUGCGAGAAGCCAAGUUACAGGGAACCAGGCAGAGGGCCUUCUCGGUAGUGGCGCCCGCCCUGUGGAACGCCCUCCCACUAGAUGUCAAAGAGAACAACAACUACCAGACUUUUAGAAGACAUCUGAAGGCAGCCCUGUUUAGGGAAGCUUUUAAUGUUUGAUGUAUCACAGUAUUUUAAUACUCUUUUGGAAGCCGCCCAGAGUGGCUGGGGAAACCCAGCCAGAUGGGCGGGGUAUAAAUAAUAAAUUAUUAAUUAUUAUUAUUAUUAUUAUUAUUAAUUUCUACUCCCAUUUCUGUUUUCACUGGAAUUCAAUACAGGUUGGAUUUAGUCCUUGCUGACAGGUAUUUUCUCAAUCCCUCUAGACAUAUUAACAACUGCAGUGCCAAGUUCCAUGGGUCUCUCAUGCAGCAAAGGAGCCCUUGUUCAAUGAGAAUCUGCUUCAUGAAAUGUGUGUGUGUAUCAUGAGUGGAUCAGUGUAUUUCUAGGCUGUAUCACUUUUGCAAGUGUUCAUUCAUAAGUCCGUUCCAAACCAUUUCUACAUUAAUCUAAUUUGCAUGAAAAUUCUUGUUUAAAUACACACUUUUAAGAUAUGAAAUGCACAAUUCUAAAUGUAUUUUAUCCUAAUAUAUAUUUUAUUUUAUUUAACAAGGCAUCUAUACCACUUAAUCAAAAGGAAUAUCUAAGUGGUGUACAUAAAAUGGUGUAAAAUGUUCAUUUAAAAAAAUGCACUCAAAACAGGUGUUAAAACAGUAAAAAAAAUAAUGAAAUUGCCAAAAUACAGGGUAAUCAACAAUUUUUAAAGGCAAAUGUAUGUAAUAUAAUACAUAUCUGAGUAAGCAUGCUUAAGCAAAACAAAAUAAAAUAAGUACGUGGUGAAAACUGUGCCAUAGAGGUGCCUGCCUAAUAUCAAUACAGUGGUACCUCAAGUUACAAACGCCUCAAAUUACAAACGCUUCAGGUUACAAACUCCACUACCCUGGAAGAGUUCCCUCGAAUUGAGAACUUUGCCUCAUGAUGAGAAUGGAAAUCGUGUGCCGGCGGCGCAGCAGCAGCAAGAGGCCCCAUUAGUGAAAGCACGCCUCUAGUUAAGAACAGUUUCAGGUUAAGAACGGACCUCUGGAACGAAUUAUGUUCGCAACUAGAGGUACCACUGUAGUCAGGGAAUUUCAGAGCAUAAGUGCUGCCAUGCUAGUGCCCCAUCUGCACUAGAUAGUUAAAGUAAUAUCAUUCCACUUUGAGCAGUAAUGGCUUACCCCUAAUAAGUCCUUGGAACUGUAAGGGUUCUGAGAGUUGUUAGGCUACCCCUAUUCCCCACAGGGCUUCAAUUCUCAGACUGGUUUAACUAUCAAACCUUCUUCCCAAGGAGCUCUGUGGGGCCUCCUAACAACUCCCAGCACUUUAACAAAUUAUAGGAUACUUUGGGGGACUGUUUAAAGUGAUACAAUACUGCUUUAUAUUUAUAGUGCAGGGGUGGCCUAAAACCCCAAUUUCUUGCAAUUGUGGAAUGAACAUUAUGAUAGAAUCAUCUAAUACAACCCCCUGCAAUGCAGGAAUCUCAACUAAAGCAUCAAUCCAACCUCUGCUUAUAAACCCAAAUGAAGGAGAACCCACCACCUCCCAAGGGAGUCUGUUCCACUGUUGAACAGCUCUUACUGUCAAAGUCCUUCCUGUUUAGUCAGAACCUCAUUUCUUGUAACUUGAAUCCAUUGGCUUGGGCUCUACCCUCUGGAGCAGGAGAAAACAAGCUUGCUCCAUCUUCCAUCUUUAGAUAUUUGAAGAUGGCUAUCACAUCUCCCCUCAGUCUCCCCUUUUCCAGGCUAAACAUACCCAACUUCCUCAACUGUUCCUCAUAUAGCUUGGUUUCCAGACUCUUGAUAAUCUUGGUCACCCUCUGCACACAUUCCAACUUGUCAAUACCCUUCUUAAAUUGUGGUGCCUAGAAUGAGACACAGUAUCCUUGGUGUGGUCUGACCAAGGCAGAAUAGAGUGGUACUAUUAUUUCCUUUGAUCUGGACACUAUACUUCUGUUGAUACAGCCUAGAAUAGCAUUAGCUUUUUGUUUGUUUGCUUGUUUUCUUUUGUUUGCUUUGCUGCUGCUGCAUAACACGAUUUUCAGUUUAAGCUUGCAAUCUACUCAGACCCCUAGAUCCUUUUCACAUGUACUACUGGCAAGCCAGGCGUCCUCCAUCUUAUAUUUGUGCAGCUGGUUCUUCCUGCCUAAGUGCAGAGUCUUACAUUUGUCCCUAUUGAAAUUCAUUUUGUUAGUUUUGGUCCAGGUUUCCAGUUAUGUGGCAGUGUUUCUUGUGAAAGCGUCAGGCAGUUGAGAAUCACAAAAUUAGGAGAAGUGCAAAAUGCAGAGGACAACUCUUUCUGGACCAAACAUUUGUUGCAGAGUUGAGGAACGGAUCAGUUCCUAUAAGACUAUAUUGCUAGCAUCAGCUCUCUGUAGCAACUAAGAAUAUGUUGGGGCAGGGGGAUAAAAGGUUGACUAAAAGAUGUGUAAAAGCCACCAAUAAAAACAAGACCACCCUAAAAGCAAGAGAUAAUUUCUAAAACUGAGUACUGAGCCCCCAAAGCAAAGCAAAAACACACACAAAACUCAUGUUUUGGCUGCUUUCCCAAAAAGAGUCAAUUCAACCAAUCAGGUGGUUUUCCCUUGGGAAAGAAUUUCACAAACAAACAUGAACACGCUUACAUUUAAAAGGUCUGAGUUUUACGGAGCCCACACAUUUCCUGUAAAUGUGUUUACGAUUUAAAAGUAGCUGAAAAUUGAAGGUGUGCACUUUGCUGAAGAAAACGGCAUCCAUUGAUGGGCCAGCUGACUCCACAGUGGGAUUUGUGCCACAAGCCCAGUAAGUACCACUAAGACUUGAGACUGGCAGGGAUAUCCCUGGACCGCCAACUUAUUGGUGUAAUAGCAGUGGGAUGUGUCAAAGCAGAAAUGAUGCAAAGUGAACCCCAAUCUCAGGAGAAUUGUAUCAUCUUCAGUCCUAUCAGAGACUUGUCAUCAAAGAUCCAUAGGCCAGGCUUAGAGGAAGCAAUCUCAUUGGUGGAGAGAUUCUUCCUUGGGAAGUGAUCCUCAUUCCCAGCCAAUCUCUCUUAUGGCUAGCACUGGGGGAAACACAGCUGAUGUCAUUGCCUGAUACCUCACAUCACCCAUUCAAACCUCCUAUAGGUUCCAGGCUUGGCCUCAGUAGACUUUUGAACUUUGCAGUUUUCUGAGACAACUUUUUGAGCUGUGUGAGACACCCACCAUCCCUCUGCAGUGUAAUGGCUUUUUCUCUAAAAUAGGAGUGUGCAACCAUGCUUCCAUAACCCACGGAGGAUAUCCUCAGAGAAGUGUUUUGUCUUACAUCCCUCACUGCUUGCAAAAUAUGCUGCUCAGAUGAGGAAAACACAUAGAAUACCAAUGCUCAGCAUGGCACAUUUGCCACCAUAUGGCCAUCUGUCACUCAUAACGUCUUCUUCCUGGCAACCUCCUCAAACAUUAUCUGUUCCCUUCUCUGGGCGAGAGUAGGGAGGGAAAGAGUCCAUCCAGUUUGUAGAAGUAGCUUUCUGGGGGGGACACCUGCCUGGCCAGCAGAUGCUAUCCCAUCUCCAGAGAAGACCUACACCAGCAUUUGCCAUUCAACAAACAGCACACAAGAUGCGUUUGGGGCUGGAAAUCGCCCCGUGCAGCAGUCUUUGUUCCGCAUGAAAGAAUUCUGGCUUUCAAGCAGCCAGAGAUGUUGCGUAGGAAAAAUGAUGGGUAGACUAAUCUGGAUAUACUUGUCAACAAAAACAUCAGUCUAUUGUCUAUUGGCCAAUUCCAGUGCAACAGUUUUUCCAUAGAGCUGUACUUGUAAAUACACCUUGGGGUGGCAUUUCUCAAAGAGGUGCAGAAUAUUUCUGAUUCAAAAUUGGAAGGAUACGUAGAGCAAGCACUCAACUCAUAUAAUGUAUAUUGCUGCUGUAGAUUCCAAGGUGUUUUUUUUAAAAAAAUAUCUAUUUCCCCCACCCCACCCCAGCAACGCAGUCAAAUGCAAUCCCCAGUGAGCUCUUGAUCUCCAUUUCCAUCAUACAUAUACCUUUUUGCUGUUGGCUCUAGGCUGGGGGCUGCUUGGAUAGACAAACAAGCCUUAGAAUCCAGACUUGACACCUUUUAAAACUCUCAUGGAAAACCUCGGCAAUCCGAUCAAUAGAUGAGGAGAAACUCCACCAUUAAUUAAAUUAGCAAAUUUUGUUAGGACCUGGGAAAACUGAGAGGGAUCAGAUACGUUUCAGUUAACAUAGGCAAAGCUUGUAACUUUCUGAAAUAGCUAUUUUGGCACUAAUGGAAAUUUAGAUCAUCUGCUUUCUGCAUGAAGUACCUAGCCAAUUAUAAUGUAGAAAACCAUUUAUUUCUAGUUUAACUACUUUUGGGAUAAUGUGUUGUGGUAGUGAAUAGUAUGAUUUCCCUCCUCCUCUCUCUUUUAUGGAUGUGUAUUCUUUUAGAAAUCUUAAUGUACUUUUGAAAAAAAAUUAAUUAACUGCUAUAGAGAGUGUGUGGAUUUGUCUCCCAAGGGAAGCAGAGAAAUUAUUUAUUUUUAUUUUUAUUUUUUAUUUUUGGAACUGCUCCAAAUCACAGCCUAGCUUCUAUAUGGUCAAAUGCAUUGUGCAUUCAUUUCCCAGAGGUCCCAUUAGGUGACCCUGCAAAUACAUUAGCAGGUACCAUGGGGAACCACCUCAAUAAAGGUUUACCAGAGCCCCUACUAGGUGACUCAGCAGUCAGUGGUUGGGGGCUCCUCCAUCCUGAAGCAAAAACACUCUUGAAAUCUGCUUGCUCACAGCCUCCAAUUUCUUGGCUAGGAAUCAGGAAAAGCCUGACUAAGCUAAUGACGGGUCAUGGGCGGUGGAGCAGGUAUCACAGAAGGCGAUUCUCACUCCCGCUUUAAUGAGAGGAAGCAAAAGGCAUCACAAGCAAAUUAUGUAUACAGUAAGCAGAGAGAUUCCUCAGGGGACAUAUUUUAACGGGCUUAAUACACAUCUGUUGUUGUUUCCUGGAUGACAUUACAAGCCACAAGUUAUUUAAGGAGUAACGUCCCUAAGAGAGGACUCUAUGAGGCCGUAAUUGGCUUUUCAUUGUGAUUAAAUGCUGAGGCUUUUGGUGCUCAGGACAUUAUUUCUACUCUUGGACAGAGAACAGGAAGAAGCAAUAAACUACAAGAAAGAAAAAGGGGACAAAACCAGAAGGGAUAAAUGCUUUUCUUGCAUCGUGAAGCUUGGAAAAUUCUAUCUUGAUGUGUUCAUAAACCCAUUACUAGUAGAUGCCUGGAGGAUAGGCCAACAGUGGUCUCAGAACACAUUAUCAAGAAAAAGGUAUAAGAAAAUCUGUAAAUUAAGUAUUGAUUUGGCUGGUGGCACCAGGUUAUCAAUUAAGGAGCCUUUGCCCUGGAGGAAGGGAUGCUAAUUCAGACACACUCCAGGUACUAGUAACCUUGAUGUGUUUUUUUUACCUUGUGACAACUAAGGGACCUAUAUUUUUCCCCUCUGCAUUUCCUUGCUGGACAAGCAUUUGCAUGCCUUUCUUCACCUUUGGGAUGAAAACAAAAAUGGCUGGCUGCAGUGCUUUUAUAUACAGAGCACGGGCACCUCUUUUUCUGCUGCCCAUGGCAGCCAUUAUGUGCUGGCACCUCAGGCACUAUAAAUGCUAAACACCACGUAUCAAUCUUCCCCAACCUGGCAGCCUCUUGAUGCUGUUGGACUCCAACUCCCAUCAGCCCUAAACAGCAUGGCCAAUGGUCAGGAAUGGUGGGAGUUGUAGUUCAAAACAUCUGGAGUGCACCAGCUUGGGGAUGGUAGCCAUACUGUAUGGCCAUCUGCUGAAGAUUCUUUUGUGCAGGCUGCCCUGUGCACAACUGUUGCCACCUGUGUUAAAUCCUCUUUCGCUGCAAGUAAUUCUUCCUACAUGUUAGUUUCGGUGCUUAUGAAUGGAAGCAGCAUUGUGGAGGUCUUGAGUGUGGGCCUCCUUGGAGCAAUAAUGAGAUGGAAAGCUCAAGUUGGCACCAGGGUCCUGCCCCAUACCCUUCCCUCUCUUUCAACAUCUCUGCUAUCUCUCUGCCUCUUGGAAGCCACAAGCAUCCUCUUGUUUGGAUGAUAGACUGAACAGCAGACACAUGAACACUUGAGUUAGUGCCUCCUAUAAAGUAUUCCAUCUUUCAAAAAACCAGCCAAAGAGAUGAUUCAUAGCCUGUCACUUGAAAGCAUGCAUUAUUUAUAGGGAUUUCAAAACAACUCCCAUUCCAAUGUGUCUCCAGAUUAGGUUGUAAAGUGCCCCCUUUUGCCGAGUCGCUCAAGUUGUUAAGUCCCCCAGCUGCAAUCUGCAGGAUGUGAUGAGAAAAAUGCUGAAGACUUUUCAGGUCUCUCUUUCCCCCUGACCCCAUUUUUUAAGGAUGAUUAUUAUUUUUUGCAAUCAAACGGGAAAUCAAGGACACCAACAUAAAUGACUAAAUUCAGCCCAAUUCCAUACAUGCUUAAUAAGAUGCCAGUUUGCAUGCACCUUUAAGCAAACAGACUGGUGGCAUUCAGAAAUGGCUCAAGAUAUAUCACUACCUGAGAGGACAAACACAAAUGGCUUCCCCUCCCACGAAUUAGCAUGGAGCACAGCCCAUGGAGACCUUCUCCUGUGCCAGCCCCACAGUUCCCAUUCAUUUCAACAAGGCUUGAACAGAAGAAGUUACUGAAAGUCAUGGCUGAGACUUUCCAGUGGUGGCUGGUACCCACUGAGACUUGUAGGGUGAAAGGUACAUGGUACAUGGAGCAAGAACCAAUGACAGAUAGAGAUGGAACAAAUGAGAGGCAGAGCCAACUCAUUCUAUUUUUGCCCCAUCCUCCUUCCUGCUGAGUUCUACAAGGGCAAAACUGAGACUACGGAGGGGGAAGCUGACAGCUAGUGCUACCCCCAGGACUGGCUAUGAAUAAGAAGGCAGGCAGGUAGUGAGGAGCUGCCUGAUUGCAAACUGAGGUUGGUGAGGCAGAGUCCUCUGUUUGGACCAGUGUCCAGUUCUAUCUCCCAUUAAUACAACCCACAACCUCUGCCUGAAGUGAGAGCUGGUUCUUCCUGCAUGGCUACAAUUCUCAAGUCUGUAAGUUACGUGAUUUCACCACAGUGGACAGCAAGACAAAUAAGGUGGGUUUGGGCAGAAGGUGAACUGCAGGGGAACGAAAACAGUGCUGCAGGAGACAAAUACUGGAAGGAAUAGAAAAGGAUGCCUUCUUAUAUCCAGAUGUUGUUGGGCUCCAACUCCUAUCAGCCCCAGCCAGUAUGGCUGGUAGUCAGGGAUGGUGGUAGCUGGUCCAACAAUGUUCUGGAGGGCUGUAGGUUCCCCAUCCCUGCUCUGCAGCUUAGCUUGGGAGAUCCUAAGAAAGACAAAGGCCAGUUAUGAAUUGCAGACCCAUUUCUCAAUCUGUUUCUUCAAAGCCUGGAGCUGUUUAGGUUUACCUCCUCUGCUGCCUUUAAUCUUAGGCACACACAGAGAGAAGCAUUUUCUUUCCUUUCAGGCCUGCUGUUUGGUAUCUUUGGUUUAAUUUUUCAAAAACAGUCUCUUCAAAGAGCAUCAUUCUCCUCCUGGGAAACUGGCGGGAGAUGUUGGGGUUGGAACGCAAGUCGCUAAAUCCCACUGCCCUUCUUUUCUCUCAGCUGCUGCAUGAAAGCAGGCCAUCCCCUUCCAGCUCAGCAUCUGCCGCUGACUGUGCAGGGCUCUCCUUGAGAAUACCUACUUUGCUGGGCAGCUAACUAAUUAGAUAAUGCCUCUGAUUCACUAAGAUGCAAUAGCUGAGCAAACAAAGAGCACGUUGCACAUAUGGACACUCUGUACUUCCAGUUUGGCCGUCUGGCUCAAACCAGGAUGUGCAGGAACUGCAAAGGUGAGCAUAAAAAGCAUCCAUUUAUUACUUAAAUAAAUAAGCAAAGGGCCUUUAAGCUUUUGUCCCCCUGCCACUCACUUCCUCAUUUUGGAAAGGUUCUAUUACAGCCUUCUACAACCUGGCAGCCUCCAGAUGUUUGGACUACAGUUCUGAUCAGCCCCAACCUUGUUGUUGUUGACAUCCAUCUGUCUUGAGAGACAAUCAAGUGUGCCUUCAGGUUGCUGUGUUAGCAACACCAAAGUUGCCCCCCGGGACGCAAGCCUGGGUAGCGUGUAUGGAGGUUCUGGGCUGCCCAGAAAACAAGAUUCCCCUCUUGGCCUUGCUGAUGUGGUCCAAAGGAAAGCAGAGCAAUAUGUUUGUCACUAGCUUGGCUGUAGGAGUUGCCAGAAAGAGGCAUACAAGAAGCUAUCUAAGCUUCUGAGGGGCUCCACUCCAGAUUUAUGUAGGGUUCACUCUUUAGCCUUUUCUUCUCCCAAAGAUAUCCCUCAAGGCAGAGUUUUCCUUCUCCUAGCUUCCCAGGUUGACGAGCCUCAUCUGCGUCCCAUUUCCCUCUACAGCGCACGCAGAAAACACCUUUUUGACCACUGGACCCACUAUUGGCCUUAUCUUCUCAGUCCACCAGAGCCUGUCUUCACAUGUGGGGGAAGUCUCUAACGCACGAAGGAUUUAAGACCCAUCGGCUACCUUCACCUGGGUUAGCCAGUCAGUCUAAGCUGUUUCCCAGGGUGUGGCCACUGUCACAUGCUGACAGCUUCAAGGAGCCACUAACAAGAGCUGAGUGCAGAUUGGGGACCAAAAGUGGACAAACUACCCCAGAAGGAGCACAGUUUUCCCCUUCCCUAACACCCCGUACACCCCAGCACAUUUGUAUUACCUAAGGGAAAAAACAGGCAUAAAGAAAUAAACUAACAACUAUAGCACAGUGAAAUAUUUUAAUGAUUAACAAAUCCCUAUAUAAUUUACUUAGAUAUUAGAUGCCCAUGCUAUCCUGGAAUGUGUUAGUGUGUUGUUGUCAUUGUUGUUGUAUUUAUUACCUGCCCUUCAUCAGCAAGUCCCAGAACAGCUAAAAAAUUCAUAAUGAAAACAAUUAAAACAUAUUAGACUCAUGGGAAUUUAAACUUGUUUAUGAUUGUUGUCUUAUUAUUGCAAUGUUCGUUAUAUUGUAGUGAAAAGGCUUUUUUGAAAACAAAUGCACACAUUGUUGAAUGGGGAUUCACCUGUCUUUGUGGGUCUCAUAGACUGUGUGGUCUUGGUUGUAUUCUUAGUUCAAUAGGUUUAAUAGCUUAAGCAAGUCAUGCUUUUCAUGCAGAAGGAGAUUCAAAUCCUGUCUGAAACCCUGGAGAGCCACAGCCAGUCGGGAGGAGCAAUACUGAGCUGUUUUCUAGAGUUCCUAUAUAAAUCACAUCUAUGCCAUAGAACAGGGAUGGGGAACUCCCCCCCCCCCCCAGUGAAAGCCACAUACCAUGAAUGGGUCGGGCCAGAAUACAAAAUGUAUGGCGCAACACAUGUAAAUUUUACCUCUGUGCAAUCCCUCUCUGCUCUCCAUCCACACAGGCAAAAGGCAUUAUCAGAGCUCAAUGACACAUUUCAGCCAGGCAAAGCAAGGGCUGGCCUGGGAGUCAUGGGGUCUGGCUGGGGUGUUGUGCAGGGAGAGUCCUGAGAACCAGAUAGAGAUGCCUGGAGGGCCACAUUUGGCCCCUGACUCUGAGUUUCCCCAGCCCUGCCCUAUAAUUCCUCCCGGAAUUCUGUCCAAUACACUAGGGUACAAUGGCAGGUGAGAAAACGGUUUCCUAGCAAAUGAAAGUUGCACUAAAGCUCCAGAGUUGCACUAAAGCUCCAGAGAAAGGCAUGCCAUGCAGGGGUAUGUUAGAAGGAGAAUUUGGAGGAGUGCAGUACUGGUUUUUUUUCCCCCAAAGCAGGAGCAAUAAUCUCAUUGCCAGAGCACCAGGAUAACUGAUGGAGCCUCCAUGCUCUGGCAAGUGAAUGAGGUGGAAGUUAGGCUUUUGUUUGUGAUAAACUAACAUAGAGGGAACUGGAUAAUAUUUGGAAAUAAUCAGAGGCUGGGUACUUCCUUGCUUUUUUUUUCUUUAUAGGGUCCCUACAUCGGGCUAAUAGUUUAAACAGCAGCAUUUCUCUGCAAUGUGGUUUGCAUUUCUAAUCAAAAGGUCAAGGUUGCAUUUUAGCUGAAGAUAUUUUUGUUAAAGUUUAAUGUGUGAACCUAUGCAGGCAGAGGUAGACACUACUGCUAUUCUGCUAGGAUCUGUAAUGUUAUGGAGCAGCUUUGUGGGGGGAUAACUUUUACUCUCUUGCUCUUUUGUUUAGAUCUGAAAGGUGUGGUUUCUGCCAAGAACGAUAUCCGCGUUGAGAUUGUUCACAAGGAGUCUGCCUCAGGCAGAGAAACAGAGGAGCACCCGACGAUCAAGCAGCUGAUGGUGAGGAUUUAUUCUCUCUUUCCUUAAUCUGUUGCUCUGUCUAACCUUUGACAGUAAUGAGCACGGGCGCAGUGCGGUUCAGUGCGCAAAAGCCCACCAAAGGCAAAGUAUGCUCUUCUGAAAUCUCACACAUCGCUCAGAGCUGUUAAAGUUGCACCGCUGUUGGAAACUCCCAGAUUGCAACUUUGCUAAUGAAGACAAGAAGCCAGGAGAGGUUUGCUACAGAGCUCCACAGCCUUCAGUCUCUGAUAAACAGAAAGGCCUAUCCAAGCCCUCAAUAGGGAAAUUGAUGUGGCUGCAAAUGGACAGAGAAGGGGAAGCUAAGUAACAUAUUAGUAGUAGUAGUAGUAGUAGUAGUAGUAGUAGUAGUACUAGUAGUAUUAACAACUAAUUAGGCACUAAUAGCUUAGCUAGACUGAAAAGGCCUCCUGUACAAGAUAGAUAGAUGGCGAGUCUUUCAUGGGAUAUAUCGCUGGCCUCGUUACUGUCAAAUCACCACAGCUGACAAAGUGAUAUUGUUGAUGAACUUAAGAACAACCUUGUUGGAUCAGUACCAAAGGCUCAUCUAGUGCAGCCCUCUGCUCCAACAAGCAGAGCUUGAGUCCCACAGCACUGUCUCCACUCAUGGUUCCCAGCCACUGGUAUUCAGAUGCAUGUUGCCUCCAGCAAUGGGGUCAAAUCAAAGCCAUUAGGACUAUCAGUCAUUGACAGUAGCCAGCCAGUAGCAAAGUUUGCCCCAACUUAAUGCCUUUCUGGCAGAUUUGUGAUUUUUUUUUAGGAGUGGGCAGAUCACCUGACUACCAAUAUGUGUCGUUUUCUGUUUGGCCCUUCAUAAAUCUGUUUUGCUGCAUUGCCGUGCACAUUGAUCUGUAUUCUUUUUUUUUAAUCCAGGCCCAAAUUCAUAUUUUAAUAUAUGAAUAUGUAAUAUCACCCCCCGCAAAAUGUAAAUAUGUAUUUUCUCUCAAUGUAUGCAUUUCUAAAUGCAUUUUAUCCUAAAAUAUGCACUGAUAACCUCAUCCUCCACAAGUUUGUCUAAUCCUCUUGGAGAUUCAGUUGACGCCUGCAGUCCCAAUGACCUCACCCUCUCCUUUCUCUCAGAGAUAACCCAAGACAGUUUGGUUCCUGGUGCUAAGGAAUCUGAAAAUUUUAAUCCCAUGGUGUUAAAAAUUAUAUAAUAAAUUUAAGAAGUUGGCAAAUUCUGCUCCCCACCCCAAUUCUGUGCUUCAAAAUCUGCUCCCUGAGGUGGGCUUCUUCACCAUACCUGGGGUAGGGCAGCCCUGCUCUCUUUUUAUAGGGCCUGGUGGGCCAGGAUUGGUCCUGGAAGUCAGCUGACAGAGUACUCAGGCAGUCUGGUACUGCCCCUUCAAAGCACAGAGCUCAGUAUUCCAGGCUUAAUAUGGAAACAGACUGCUGGUGAUGCAAGGCACCAGGGCCUGACUGCUGGGAGUCCCAUGUUGAGGCACCCGGUUUCAGGCACAGCUAUAUCCCAGGAUAUGUUUGGGUAAAUUCCUGUGAAUUCUUCUUAGCCACCUUAUACUGAGGUCAGACCACUGAUGCAUCUAGUUCAUUAUUGUAUUCCGCCGUUGGAGUCAGCCUGCUUUGAAUACAGUCAUACCUCAUGUUACGUUAGCUUCAGGUUGCGCAUUUUCAGGUAGCAUCCCGCGCGACCCAGAAGUACCGGAAAGGGUUACUUCCACAUUUCGCCACUCGCGCAUGCACAGACGCACAAAAUGACAUCAUGCGUAUGCACAGAAGCGGCGAAUCGCCACACGCAGACUCGGGUUGCAUUCUUUUCAGGUUACAAACGGGCCUCCGGAAUGGAUCCCGUUUGCAACCAGUGGUACCACUGUACAGUACCAGUUGCUGGUAACCACAAGAAGCGGGACAGCUGUUGUGCCCGUGUCCUGCGUUUGGGCUUCCCACAGGCAUUUGGUUGGCUACUGUGAGAGAAGGAUGUUGGACUAGACUGGCCAUUGGGUUGAUCUUGAAGGCUCUUCUUAUGUCUGCUCUGGCUAGAAGCAGCUCUCCACUGUUUGAGACGGGAGACAUCCCUAGCCGUACCUGAGAUGCCGGUGAAUGAACCGGGGGCCUUUGGCUUGCAAGGCAGGUGCUCUACCACUGAGCUACCACCUGCAAAUGAAACUUACACAUGCAAGCUUCCAACAGUUGACAAGAGUUAGGGAGAAAUGCUCAUAAGGCUGACUGAAGAAUUGGCCCCAUAGGAUUUCUCUGAUCUCUACUGUUGCUAAUACAUGGAGCUGUAGACUGUUGUUUCAGCAGCUCCCUGCAACUGCUGUGUUCUGCAUCCAAAUGGCAGCUUUGCUUUCCGCCUGCCGAUGUCACGUUAUAAAUGACUAAUACAAGCAAAACAAAUGGAAAGAACACUGAACCGUAAAAAAAUAAACCCAUCCAGCCAUAAAAGCAGAGAACAGAUGCAAAAAAGAAAAAAAAGACGGGAGGGAGAGAGGAAGCAAGCAGACUGAUUUUAAGCACACCUUCAACCAUUACUACCGCAGGCUUACAGCCACCUUUCGUCAACAUUCAUUCAUUUGGGCUGGGAAAGGGUGCUCUGUAAACGAUCAAUGGAAUCCCUGGUUUGAGAGGGGAUGCAUUGUGGGGUGGGCAGAAUCGAUUUUAGAUGGUACACAUGUACAGAGUGGAGCCCUUGAAAUCAGUUUGAAAGGAAGAUAAACGGCAGAGGCGUCACGUUGCUUUGUUAUUCUGGUGGUGCUGCUUCUGAAAUUGCUGUUUUGUUUCAGUUCAAAGGUCCCCAUAAGAUAGAGACCAACAUGCUCGUUUCUCCUUCUUCCUCUGUUGUUUGCCCCACACCCAAAUGGAAGUUGGUAAAUAGAAACACCCAGAUUGUUUCAGCCUGGAGCAAAAGGCCAGGAUAAAAAAAUAAAUAAGCAAAGUAGAUAUUUUAGUGUUGCAUUACGGCUGGAGGGCUGCGGUUCAGUUUGCAUUUAGAGGCAAACUUUUCUAAUCUUCAAUUCCUGAAAUGAUACAUAAACCAAAACAAAGCCGUUGUUCAAGUUUCUCACUUUUCUGAAUUUCACAAUGCAGUUCUUCAGCCAAGUACUGGGUACAGAAAGUUACUAAGGUAAUGUGUGUACAAAGAUGAAAAUAUUAGUGAAAAUAAUGUGCAAAAGUAAACUAUAUUAGGGGACAUUGCUUUUUUGUAUUUUUAAAAUUGCAUUUUUAAAAAGGUGCAUGUUAGGCAAAAUUCACAUUAAAUUGCUGGUGAAUUUUCAUGACAACAUUCAAAUAAAAUAAUAAUAAUGAAUAGUUUUCUAGCAUGCAAUUACAAGUUACAAGAUUUUAAAAAAUCAUAAAAUCAUUCCAAUUGCAAUGUUUUUUGGGGCUGAACUAGACAAUUGCUAGGUAUUUAGCCGCUUGCUACUACCUGUGUUCUAGUUAGGGAAGAGAAGAGACAAGCCUCCCCCUACUCAUGUUCAGCCUUCCUGAUAAAGACCAUUGACUGACCCUCAGAUAUUCAGGUAUUUAGAAGGGCUAUGGGCUCUUAACCAUUUACACACACAUACACACUUAUGUUGCAAGUCCCCCUGAGACUAAUUUGAGCAGUAGAUGCCUGAGAAAUUAAUUAAUCAAUUAAAAAAAUCACAAACUGAAGUGGCAAAAUAAACGCGAGAUGGGGAGAAUGAGAAACAGAGAGAAAGCAAACUGGACAGGUUUACUGAUCCCCAGUGCUUUUUUUCUGGUAGUACGCAAUGGAAUGAAGGGUUUGGUUUUGUUAUUCAAAGUUGGAGACGGUCCAACUUUCAGCCCCAUCUCACUGAGCUCUGAGCCAGGAGCUGGAGAGGGCAAUAAACUGGAGGCAGCUUCGAAGGCUGAGCUGCCGCUGCUUCCUUACCCCAAGUCAGUGUGGAUGCAACCACACACCCCAAAAGAAGCCACCAAAAGGACUGGGAGGAGCCUCUCUCCUCAGCCGGUGCAUACCCCAGAACUGGCUCCCCCAGAAACCUCCACCCUCCAGCACUGCUCCUGGCCUCCUCCCUGUCCUCUUGGCUGCAGAGUGGAAGGAGAGGAAAACCCCAUCAGCACUGAGCAGGACCCCCUUUCCCAGCACCCACCAUGCCGACCCUGUUGGGCUGCUGGCAGUGAGGCAAGCGGAGCCAGGCGAUAUGGGAGAGGCUGGGAACUGCAGGUGGGCAGAGUGCUGUUGCACUCAUGUCCAGCUUGCAGGUUUCCAGUAGGCAUUUGGUCAGCCACUGUGAGAGCAGGAUGCUGGACUUAGUUGUUGUUGUUGUUUAGUCGUUUGGACAUGUCUGACUCUUCGUGAUCCCAUGGACCAGAGCACGCCAGGCACUCCUGUCUUCCACUGCCUCCCGCAUUUUGUUCAAACUCAUGCUGGUAGCUUCGAGAACACUGUCCAACCAUCUCGUUCUCUGACAUCCCCUUCUCCUUGUGCCCUCCAGCUUUCCCAACAUCAGGGUCUUUUCCAGGGAGUCUUCUCUUCUCAUGAGGUGGACAAAGUAUUGGAGCCUCAGCUUCACGAUCUGUCCUUCCAGUGAGCACUCAGGGCUGAUUUCCUUCAGAAUGGAUAGGUUUGAUCUUCUUGCAGUCAAUGGGACUCUCAAGAGUCUCCUCCAGCACCAUAAUUCAAAAGCAUCAAUUCUUCGGCAAUCAGCCUUCUUUAUGGUCCAGCUCUCACUUCCAUACAUCACAACUGGAAAAAACCAUAGCUUUAACUAUACGGACCUUUGUUGGCAAGGUGAUUUCGGCUUUUUAAGAAGCUGACUAGGUUUGUCAUUUUUUUCCUCCCAAGAAGCAGGCGUCUUUUAAUUUCGUGACUGCUGUCACCAUCUGCAGUGAUCAUGGAGCCCAAGAAAGUAAAAUCUCUCACUGCCUCCAUUUCUUCCCCUUCUAUUUGAAGGGCAUACAAAAUGGCAGACAAAAAGCCAUUCUAUUAGGGGAAUUUUCUUGCAAAAAAAACCCCAACCAUGUUCAUGAAGGAUUUUUUUUUUUUUAAGUCACAAAAAUCUGCAGUAAUGUGGAGUACUAAAUUUAAGAUCAGAAGACUGAGAACCAAAAUUGACAGAUCCAUGUGUCCCUAAAUAGUAGGCACUCUCUCCCAGAAUAGACAUUCUUCCACUGCAAAAGUUUGGCUGGAACUCUGCUCUUAAAGAGGAUGAUGAGUCCAUCCUUGCUCUAUGCAAGAUUUGAUGCCCUGUUCUCUCUUUUUCUCUCUUUGGGAUACUACCCCUCUUGAUAGCAGGAUCUCAGUGCUAAUGAAGAUUUCCUUCCAGAUCAUUAAAAAGCCUCUGUGCAUUUCCUUCUCAUUGCUCGCUACGCCACACACAAGCUGCUGCCUUCAGCAAUAAAACGUCCGUCCUGUGCAUCCUCAAUAAGAGCCUAAUAAGAGUCUCCAAAAUUUGUCAAUGAGCUGACAGAUCAAGUUAAAGAAUCCAGCCUCAUUAAUGAGCAGCUAUGAUGAAUUCCUGGCAAGGGAGCAAGCUGUACAAUGAUGGCACAAAGGUAGCAGAACAAACUGGUGUGGGUAGACUGAGCCAGGGGUUCUGAGGAAAUGGCAGUGUGGGGAGGCGAUGACUCCAAUCAUGAUUCUGACUCAACAACCACACGCCAAUCCUUCUUUCUUGGAGGUCUGUCAUCUGCACCCAUCGGCUGCCUGUCAUAGUUAGCAUCUCUGGGUGUUGCAAGCAAGCUCCCGCCACCACCUUCCAGGCCCAAAGCAGAGCACAGUAUUAAUAAUCCUUUUCCAGGUAAGCUGCAGUGACAAUGAUCUAUGCAGGGUGUCUCUGCCCUACCACAUGGGCUGCUACUGCUUCUCACACUUGUUUUCCACCCAAAGAGAGAGAGAGAGGGAAAUCGUGCACCCAAAUGCUCUGCCUCCAUUCUUAGCAGGCUGCCUUCAAGCCAAAUCUCAUUACUCCCUGUAUUUCCUGGUCACAUUUCUAACCUCUCUGUGUCCCUUUGAAUUAUCUCUCUGCCCUCUCCGAUGUUCACAACACCUCGCCAUUUAAUAUCAGCUGUGAGUAUGAUUAGCAUGCCGAGUCCUCUCACAUAGAGAUCAUAUAAUGCAGAUGUUAAAUAGGAGCAGACAGAACAUCAGCCACCACAGCGCUCCAUUAGAUGACACCUCCCCGGCACUCAAUGCAUUACAGAACACCAUUACCCUUUCUGCUUGUCCUUCACGCGUUUCUCAAUCCACGCGACAGGGCUCGCUUCCAAACCAGCCUGAAUUACCUACAGGAGGCUUGGCGAGACACCAUCCAAACAACUUUGCUGAAAAUCUAAAGGUAUUACAUAUAGCAACCGCACCUCCCUUCAACUGCUAAUAUUGUAAUUCCAUCAGAAAAGCAAUCAGGUUUGUGCUGUGUAAUUUGCUCCUUCCCAACACGAUGGGUCGCCCGUUGCUAAUGUUUUCUUUGUCCCCUAGGAAACUUCUCUUAAUGUUUUCCACUAUUGAGGUCCUAUUGGAUAAACACUGCCAGGAUCCCUUUUUCUUCAUUUUUUUUUUUAAAAACAGUAUCACAUGCUCAUUCCUCUCCACUGCUUUUGCAAUCAGCACGACGGUUCUCAAACCCUUUUCCUAAUUAAUAGUUAUCACACCUAGAUGCAGUCUUACUGCUCAGGCUGCCUGCUUGAAAUGCAAGUCAUAUUUGUUCAAGUCAGUCUCCCUCCCUUAUUAUAUUUAUAUAUAUUUUACCUAAAGUAUUUAAUUGCACUACAAUUGUAUAAAGAGGUACUUUUAGGUUCCUGGGGAAGUUCAUCGCUCCGUAGGAAAGGACAUGCUAGGAGCAUGCAAAAGAUCCCUGGUAUUGCCAGUUCAAAUGAUCCAGUGCCAAAUAAGGAGGGAAGACCUUGAGACCUUGGAGAUCUGCUGCUAGUUAGAGUAGACUAUACUGGAAUCAAUGGACAGCCAUCUAACCUUGAAGUAAAGCAGCUUACAAUGUUCUGCCCACUAUGGGUGGGGAUCCAGUUGGCUAUCAGAGCUUUGCACAGCAUCCUGCACAGUGUUUUGCAAGCCCAAAUGAUCAGCCGAAUCUGUGUGGGCAAAAUCAAGCCAUGUGACAUUACUGUGUCAUCUGGUGAUUGACAGUUGGGAGUCCCCACACACCUGUCAAACUUGGCCUGCAGGAGGUGGAGUAGGUAAGGACCUGUCUCACUGGAUGGAUCCAGUUCCUCAUCUCUACAUUAGGAGGAGUCAGUCACAGCAAAACCAGCAAAAUCUGGGGUCAAGAGAUCCAGUUUCCGGGGUCCAUGGACAAGUAAGCUGGGAAAGUGGCAGUGAUCUGCAGACAAAGGUCAGAGUCUGAGUGGUCUGGCCAAGCAGAUUCAGAGGUAUCAUAAGCUCAGCAAACUCCAGAUGUGCCAUGCUGAGAAGGAACUGGAGCUGCAGGGAGGGCUGAAAAUGCAAGAAGCAGUCCCAGGGUGAUGUACAGAGCUGUCUUUCCUAUUGGGCUUACUGUCUUGUUGUGCCAGGGCGCUAGCCUCUUAGGGGUGCCCCAGCGAGUGGGGGAGCUGCACAGCUUUGCUGGCGGCUUCCCCUUUGCCUGCACGCCUGCCAGCUGUGCCCCGUCAACCAUGUGUCUGGCGGGCAUGCAGCUUGCCGCCCAAGCCUCCGUGGAAGGAGAGCGAUCCCCGCAGAGGCUUGGGAAAAGGUCGACAACUCUGGGAAACGGGGGGGGGGCCACCGGAGGGAUCUUUGCACCAUGGUGCCAGAUAUGCUUAAGACGGCCCUGGUGAUGUAGUUUGUUGUUGUUGUUGUUGUUUAGCCGUUUAGUUGUGUCCGACUCUUCGUGACUCCAUGGACCAGAGCACACCAGGCACUCCUGUCUUCCACAGCCUCCUGCAAUUUGGUCAAACUCAUGCUGGUAGCUUCGAGAACACUAUCCAACCAUCUCGUCCUCUGUCGUCCUUGUGCCCUCCAUCUUUCCCAACAUCAGGGUCUUUUCCAGGGAGUCUUCUCUUCUCAUGAGGUGGCCAAAGUAUUGGAGCCUCACCUUCAGGAUCUGUCCUUCCAGUGAGCACUCAGGGCUGAUUUCCUUCAGAAUGGAUAGGUUUGAUCUUCUUGCAGUCCAUGGGACUCUCAAGAGUCUCCUCCAGCACCAUAAUUCAAAAGCAUCAUGCAGUAACACCAAUACAGCCAGUGUAGUGUAGUGGUUACAGUAUUGAACUUGGGAGAUGAGGGUUCAAGUCCCUACUUAACCUUGAAGCUUGCCAGGUGACCAUGGACCAGUCACUGUCUCUUAGCCUAACCCUACCAUGCACAGGGUCAUUGUAAGAAUAAAAUGGAAAGAGGGAGAAGAACCAUGCAUGCCACCUUGUGCUCCUCAGAGGAAAGCUGGGUUUAAAAUGCAUAAACAAACAAACACACACUUUCCAGGGAGUGUGUUUUUCCACACAUUGUUUCAGAAAGUGCAAAUUUGGUAGGUUUGCUUUUAAGUGCAAACAAAAUCAAAUUUAUCUCAAAUCCCUAGGUGUAGCAUAAGUCGCAAAUGAAGUAUGGCAGACAGAACACCAGCUAAAUCAGAAACGAACACUCACCAGACCUCUAGUAACUGGGUUGUGUGCAUAUUUUGCAAUUUGUAAAAGUGCAGGAUGUGACUUCAGGAGCAGCAGUAGUGGACAGCAGUGCUCCCAGCAGCUGAAUCGGUGCUGCUUACUAGGAAGAAGUGGGGAGCCAGUAGGGAGGUUGGUGUGGGGCAGAGGCAGAAGCAGGAGCUGGCUCUGCCAGUGCAUUUGUACUGCACUGACCUCCCUGCUGCUUCAUCCCUCUCCUUCCUGGUAAGCAGCAGUGGCUCAGUUGUUGGGAGGUCAGGUGAGCACCACGUCAUUGACUGCUGAGGAGCAGAUUCCAGAAAAUCUCAGCCUUUGUACAUGAAAAAACCAACAACAGCCCUUAUUCUAGCCCUUAUUGUUGUGAAGCUGUGCUUGAAAGCAUGUGGGCCUUAAAGCCAGAUGAAAUACAUUAAGCUGCUGUUACAAUAGGGUGAGCUGUUCCACAUCAACAGAACUACUCUCAUCUUUAGGAUGGGAUGAUAAUUUCUGUCUCCUCUUCUCAUAUACCUCCUCUCUUUCCUUCUGACUGUGGAAGUCAGAGCUUGAUCUUUGCCAUUUCCCCCCGUUUUGAAAGACUCUGCUGUGUGCCAUACAUGUGUGUGUACUGUACAUGCACGUAACACGCAUGCAAUACCAUCCAUGCCUGCACACAACACACACCCCAAGUCUGUGUUAUGUCCUUUUCACCCCACCAUUUUUCUUUCACUUUCAUUGUCAAGAACUUUAAAAAAAAACAGAGAGAAAGAGAUCAAGUCUUUAUUGAUUUUAGAGCUGUAAUUAAUUUCAUCCUUUCCGCCUUUGUCAAUGAAUUCUCUGCCUCUCUGCCUCAUAAUCUUGUGCAGUUAAAGUGGAUUGACUCCAACUUCACCCCCCUCCCUUUGACACUGCAUAUCUUGCCAUCCUUUACAAGCCUCAGGUGCCAGGUCCUGAAAUUACUUUGGAUCAGGCUGUCACUCACUGAAAGUCUACCUCUUUGGGAAAGCUGGAUGUUCCCAGCAGAUGCUAGUAAUCACAUUAAUAGCCUGGAUCUUUUCAGAAACCUUAUCAUCUCACAUGACCCAAAGCGACCCUGGAUAGCCAUCAACUGUGUUCUAGAUCAAAACACUGCUCAUUUGGAGCUGUGGGAAGUGUUCUAAGAAGCUUCCCCACAGUUAUUGCAAAUUUGUGGGGAGAGAGAAAAAGAAGGGAGAGGAGAUGAGAAGGAUCAGUGACUGGUGCACAACAUAUUUCAUGUUUAAACCAACAGCAGAGAAUGGGGCAGGCUGUGCAAUAGAAAGCUGGUUGGUAUUUGUGUGGGGAGCUAUGAUCAAUGUGAGCCUAGUAGUACCAUGAGCAUCAGUGUGUAGAGCAACAAGUGCAACUUUUACCUUUGUACUGUAGGCUAGUUCCUAUGCGCGCGCGCGCACACACACACACACACACACACACAGCCUAUCCUCCAUCUAGGCAACAAGAGUCAUUAUCACAAAUCAAUGAUACCUUCCAGGUAAACAAAAAACCUCAGAGAGUAUGAAGCAAAUCUGGUGAGAGGUGUGGUCUGGAUAGAAAGGGUGUGGUUUCCCCUGAAGGGAGUCCCAAGGGCCAGUUAGAGGCACAUCUGGCCUCUGGACCUGAGGUUCCACACCUGUUUUAGCUUACGAAUGCUUGAGCCUCUCACUUUGUUAUGAAAAAAUGAGCUGCUCCUGCUUCUUUAUUGAACAGGCUACCUCUACAUGUCACUUUGCUGAUAGGAAGCCUUUCAUCCUUGCAGGUCAGAACUAGCAUCAUAGAUCCAGCCACAACUAUACAGUGACCACCAUCAGGACACUCAGUCAGUGUUUGAUGUAAAUGAUUGUUUUUUUUUUAAAUGUCAAAGGGCAUGAUUAUGCGAAUUGCAGAAAGUUUUCAAUUUGUUACCUAACUCAAAAAAUGCAACGUGGAGAAUGAAAAGGUACCAUCUCAGCUGUACUGCUGGCACAUUAACAACUGCAAUUGCCCAUUAAACGCUUGACUUAAAUGUGCCUGAUUGUAAUGGGAAUUUGCCAGACAGGAUGCUAAAGUAGCGCAUGUAGAAGUGGAACCAAGACCAGGUUGUAAAUGCUUGCAGGAUGGGCCACCCCAGCAUUUUUGCCAAGUUUAGGGUGUGACUUUGCUGCUGUACUGGAAACCACAGUGAAAGUCCAAGUGCCCAGUUAACACACACUCACAUAAAGUUUUGUUUUGUUUUGUUUUGUUGGAACAAGAAACAGUGGCUUUUUUCAAAGUGGCCGAGUCCUGAGCAUCACUUAUUUCACUUAUUGAGUAGUUAAUGUGCAUAAUAACCAGCCACUGUGCACACUCACCAGGCUUCAGGAAGGGUAUGUCCAGAAUCCUUCUGUAAAGAAGGAAUUGGGCACAUCUCCCAGUCAAUAUACGUAAGUAAUGUGCUUAUAUUGACUAUAUUUUGUUCAUACUCCAGCCAGUAUGCAUAAUCUCCAACAGAGAAACUACUGUAUAAUAAAAUACAAUGCAGUAUAAAAGAAAACUACAACAUAAUGCAUAAAACAACUUUUAAAAACCCAAACGAAAACAUAGCAGCACAUUUUGAAACAUCUUUUAGCGUCAGAGAUCCUUUCCCUCUUCACCCCGCCUCUUGCAAGGCACAUCCUGACCCUCACUAUACAACACUCAUCCCACUAACACAAAGACAUCCCACCCAAAUUCUGCCUUACAGUUACACAAAACCACAGUACGAACUGCUUGUUCCAUAUCACUCAACCCAUUCUACUCCCACACCUCACAUGCAUUCAUCAGUACACACAAACACACCAUCCCACCCAGGAGUUCCAAUUAUCUCCCACUACAUCACCAAUCAAUCUUUCUACUCAACCUGAAAUAUAUGACAAAAACACCAAGACAACAAUGAUACCAUCCACUGACAGAACUGUAUAAAAUAAUACAGAUUGCCACCUGCCAGUCACACCCAGGUUGCUGUCUCCCACCCAGUACUCACAUGCAAGGAUGAAUUGUGCUCCUUCCCCACCCCAUCUCAAACAUUUCAGCCCACACAAGGAAGAGGGAGCGGGGAGCUUGCAUCUAUCAGAGUAUGGUGGAGGCUGGCUGGUAGAGGGAACAGGAGCAUUUGGCGCUACAACAUUUUAUUGCAGGUAUCGCCUGUGGUGCACUUUUCUCGCUGCACAUUUUGGUUACAUCCUGCAUAUUUGGGUUGUGUCCUGCCCAUAUGUCCUGCAUAGAUAUGUGUGUGUGUGUGUGUGUGUGUGUGUGUGUGAGAGAGAGAGAGAGAGAGAGAGAGAGAGAGAGUGUCUGUAAGGAUGAUUGUCCCCUCUCUUACAGAGAUAUUUUUAAUGUUUACUGAGGUAAUAAAUGCAAGGCAAGGCACUUGGAGCACACAGUGAGUGUUGUUGUUACUACAAAACAGCCAGCAGCAGCAGUCAACCUCUCUAAAAACAGCCAACUGCUGCCUUCCAAUGGUGGAAGUUUGUAUGAUCAUCAGGCUUCACAACACCAGCUUGUGCCAUGGUGUAACUUGAGGACACUGGCUAAAUUGAUUAGCAAAGACCUUGUUUGCUCCAGGAACGGGGGGGGGGGGGGGGCAGCGGCAGUUUUCAAAACAAAACAAUCCCUACUUGGUUGCUGAGUUUGAGCCACAGAGUGGCUCUCUGGCUUAAUCCCCAACUCGGCCACCACUCGCUUCCCAGUCUGACAUUGUUUGCUGGCGAGCGACGGUGCCAGAAGGAAUUAGGAGCCAUUUGUCUUGUUUUCCCUCCACCUCCACUUCCCCACAAAAUCUGGACAUGCCCUUGAAUUCAACGGUCCUGGCAAUAAGUUAAUGGCAGCUACUCAACUUUAACAGGUCUGUGGGUAGCUUUAUCGCCAGCCAUCUGUGUUGACAGCAGUGUAACCAAAGCUCAAAAGCAUAUUGGAAUCUUUGGCCAUAUGGCGGCCAGGAAGGGAGAGCCAAUGAGUCCAGGAGAAGAGUUUGCAUUAUAUACAGAAGCAGGUGCCCAGAGAGGGAGGCACAUCCCUUACCUGACAGCUAACAGGACAAGGUUGUCCUUGGGGUCCAUACACAACAAGAGAGCCAUGUUUCCAUAGAAUCAUAGAACUGCAGAGUCAGAAGGGAAUCUGAGGACCACCCAGUCCAACCCCCUGCAAUGCAGGAAUCUCAACGCAGGACUCCCAGCUGGAUCAUUAACACAAGGCCAUCUCUGUUAAGGGCAUUCCACUUUGCCAAUGCAGACUUUAUUAUCAUCUCCUUUUAGAAACAUGAAGAACCAUGAAGGCUUAAAUAAAUAUAUAAAUAAAUAAAUAAAUAAAUAAAUAAAAUAAUUUACUAUUUACACCCCACCCAUCUGGCUGGGUUUCCCCAGCCACUCUGGGUGGCUUCCAACAAAAUAUUAAAAUACAAUACAGUGGUACCUCUAGAUAUGAACGGGGUCCGUUCCAGAGCUUUUCGCCGCUUCUGCGCAUGCACGUGGUGUCAUUUUGAGUGUCUGCGCAUGAGCAAGCAGCGAAACCUGGAAGCAACGCGCUCCGUUACUUCCGGGUUGCCGCAGAGCGCAACUCGAACACGCUCAACUCAAAGCGUAUUCAACCCGAGGUAUGACUGUAGUCUGUCAAACAUUCAAAGCUUCCCUAAACAGGGCUGCCUUCAGAUGUCUUCUAAAAGUCUGGUAGUUGUUUUUCUCUUUGACAUCUGGUGGGAGGGUGUUCCACAGGGCGGGCGCCACUACCGAGAAGGCCCUCUGCCUGGUUCCCUGUAACUUGGCUUCUCGCAGCGAGGGAACCGCCAGUGAUAACUUAUACAAAGCUAAAAACCAUUUAAUGCUGAUUUUAGGUGUUUUAUUAUGACUGCGGCAAUUUUUUUUUUUUAUUGAGAUGCGUUACUGUCAGGUGCUUAGAGGUUAAAGCACUAGAGAAGGCCUUUUCAGAAAAUAUCAGUCAAUAAAUCUCUCUAACCUGUUCCUCACCCCAUUCUGCAAAACACUCUCAACACCUUCCCCUUCCGUUGAUGCUACAAAAGGCUUUACUUCUUAGUCCCUUUUACCAUCCUGGCCAGUAGACCAGUUCCACGUUGACUGCUGGGCCAAAACUCUCCCAUUCUUUUCGACACCCUUCUUCCAAACAUGUGCUUUGAGUGCUUCCUGAUGAGUAUUCUGUUCACGGGGAUAAUCUAGCCAAGCACUUUCCAUUUUAUGCUUUUCAUUAAAUCUCACCAACAUCUAAAUAGCAAAAUCGAUGCUUUUGUCAGCAGUGUGACAUGUAGCAAUAAGAUUCCUCUUCCUGGUUUUGCUUCCCUGCCCCACUUGCCCACAAACCGCCUGGUUAGUUUUCUCACGAGAAAGCAGCACGGGCAGCAAUUCAGCUCAUAGGAUUUUGCAGGUACAUCACAAUCACAACCAGGAAAAGGCAUUUGAAGUUAUCAGGUGGGUGACGGAGUUCCCUGUAUGGAACUGCCAUGCCCCUGUUACAGCAGAUUUGGUCUCGAUGGACAAAUGUCAUUGCCUGAUAUAAGGCACCUACAUCUAUUCCUAAAUAAACAUGUGUAGUUUCAGGAUCUCUGGGCUUGAACUCUGGGAUGGGAAGGAAACCUAGCGAGGUGCUAUGGGCUGCAGGCAAACAGCACGCUCAGGCACGGAGGGAUUAUAGGGGUGGCCAACAUUGCCCUCUGCAAUUGGCUGGCAGUAUGGAGCAUCUGGAUUGGCCAGACAUGGUAUAAAUAGCAUGAUCACAGCAGUGAGUCAGGACUUCUGCCUUUGCCAGCUAAAAUGGGCUGAUGCUUGCUGCACUUCAAGUUCUCCAGCUCAAGCUGCUGAUUUCAGUGGCCUUGAGAUGGAUGCACCACUUUAGAUUCAAGGAUGGCCACUCAUAGCCUUGUCAUGGCCCUGAGCGACAGGACAGAUCCUAGGAGGUUCUGAAGCAAGGGAACAAAGGGCAUUGAUCAAAUCAAUAUUCCCCUUAAGCCAGGAAGGGACAUUGACCAGUGGUCUCAAGUCCAAUCGCCAGCAUCACCAGGUGGACCAAGAGAAACUCCGCUUGAAAUAUAGAAAGUCACUGUUGGUCAUUGUAGACAAUUGGAUCUGUGAUCUGACUCAGUAGAACACAGCUCCCCAUGAUUCUAGAAGCCAGGGUCUGUGUGCAACAAACUUGGUGCCUAAGGAAGAAGUCUGCCAAUUUCAAGUAUUUUGGCAAGAGAGUAAGAAGAGGUUGGCUGCAUUUCCCUGAUACUUGCUAAUCCUGCCAGGUCAUGUCACCUUUUGAAUCCAUUUUGCAUUGUUGCCAUUGUGGUUUUGCUAAUUGAGACUGGAGUUUGCUUGCUGUGAACAGAUUCAAGGGAGAGCUCCACCAGUAUGGCCCUGGACUCUGCAUGUGUUCCUCAAAGCAAAGUUUCCCAAGAGUGUGCUUUGUUAUGGCACACCCAGCUGUGAUCUGAGGCUGCAGUGGAUCCUUUCUAACAUGAUCCAUCAUCCCAAAGCUGCAGGCCAGGUGGCUGGAAGGCAUCUGGGUUGUCAGUCACAUUCUUAGCUUAACCAGUCACAUGCUUAGUUAUCAGUGGACUAAGUUUCAGAGACUUGAAUGGAUUCCCUCAUUUCUCCCAUAAUGCAUCUGUGUAGAACAGGAAGAAGAACUCUCUACUGCUGUUCUUUUCAGUGGUUUCAUCAAGAUACUACACUGUAUCCAUGUCCCCGAAUUUUUAUUUUGUUCCUUCCCUUACCCUGUUUUACAACAAAUCCUUUCACUAUGAAUUUAUUGUUUUUACUUAGUAAAUAUAUAUUGUGCUCUUCCUCUCAAAGCAGCUCUGUUGCUUUUAAAGACUACAAAGUGCUGAGGGGUGUGUGUGUGUGUGUGUGUGUGUGUGACAAUUUGACCAAAAUUGUGGAGAAUCAGGGCAAGGCUCAUCAGUAACGUUAAGGGAAAUACACACACACCAGCUUUCCCCACUAUUUGAGCACUAAUGUAGAUAGUAACUAAACCUGAGCGUGUGCACACACACAUUUUAUUCCUCUGUGCAUCCAGAAGUCCUAUUAUUAUUAUUAACAACAUUAGCUUUUGUCCCUGCUCUCCAAAUUCACACGUGCAUCCACCUUCUUUAAUUCAGAGCUUUCCCAUUGCAAUCCUUUUCAGAAUACAGUGGACGCUUGGGUUGUGAACGUGAUCUGUGCUGGAGGCACGUUCUCAACCCGCAGCGUCCGCAUCCCGUCUGUUGUGAUUUGGUCUUCUGCGCAUGUGCAAAGCGCAAUUUAGUGCUUCUGUGCAUGUGUGAGUGCCAAAACCCGGAAGUAACCCAAUCCGGUACUUCCAGGUUUUGGCACGUCCGUAUCCUGAAAUGCGCAACCUGAAGCGUCUGUAACCCGAGGUAUGACUGUAUACACUUAUAGAGCUUUGCACAAUGCUUGAAAUUCAGGUACCACACCGAACCACAUCAGGGGUGGGUGGGGAAAGGCUUCCAAGGGACAGUUGGCAGCUCAAAGUGGGCUCCUGGUUGCUCCUUUGCUGCAGCAAGAUGCACUCCCAGCUGCCCAUCUUCUGAGCCUGUUGAUACCUCCCUUUAGCCUGUGGAUGGUGCUGGCUUGGCUGAGUCGCGUACUGACACUCAGAGAAUGGGUUUGCUACUAGUAUGCAAGAUAAUACAUAGCACUUAUUCCUUAAGCCAUGUGCUCCAUAGUUAAUAUGAGAAGGGGGAAUCACAUUCCAUUGUCUUUGAUUUAUCCAGUCUCCUCUGUCCGUACUAAAAUCAAGUCUUCUAAUUGCAGUGCCCAAACCCUCAAGGUGUAUCAGGUUGCUAAGGCAGAUCAGCUGAGAGGAAGACCCUCUUUUGCACCCAGCGGGGCUUUAAAAAUAUAUAUACCUAUAUCAACCCACCGAAUUUAAGGGGCAGGUCUGGGGAAUAGAUGGAAAUGGAAGAGAGUAUAAAGGAAAGGAGGGGGGAAUGAGCCUCCAGCUGUUAGUUGCUGGAGUGAGAUCAUAUUGAACUAAACCGCAGUGUAAACUUUAUUAAAGGUCACACUAAUGAAUGGCUUAAUUCUAGAAUUAUAAAUUAACUCAUGUGGCUUUUCCUUUGUGAACAACUGUGCUUUUCUGGAGCUAACCAGCUCUCUAACAUACACACAGUGAGUUGAGCUGAUAUGGUUAUACUGCCACCUGCUGAUUAAUGCCACUAUUUACAUCUCAGAACUGCUCCAGAGAUGGAUGUGCAGAGAGAUAAGCUUACUGAAAGUGAAGGGAGUGGGGAGUGUGCCCAAGUACACUGCCUUGUGUGAAAAUUGCAUACAUGCUUGUUCACUUCAGCUUCCAAAAGGAAGAGAAGCUUUCAAAACUACUGUCUGGAGCCACAAAGAUAAGUCCUUGCCGAAGACCACCUAGGCUGGGAUGAGCUCUGAAGCAGUGGACUCAAUGGAGGCAGAUCCAUUCAGGCAAAUCAGGCACUGCCCCAGCCACUUUAAUCUACGCUAAACCAAUCCCCACCAGCCUGCCUUCUUACAACCAAUCAGGAGAUGGUUCUGUCUCUCAUAGGCUCUGGCUCCACCUACUGUUGGUCUCCCUGCCUUACACCCCAUCAGUUCCAUGGAGCAACAGCCACCACUGAGUGGACUUCCUAACCCACACUACAGCACCUCCUAGUGUUGGAUGGUGGUGGCACAAGGGUUAAAUCCCUGCUUCUCAUUCCUCAAGUGAUCAGCCCAAGAUCUACUGUAGGCUUGAACCUGAGCAUGCAGAGCUGCUGACUUCAACACAAUUAAGUUUUAAGACGGGACCACAGCUCAUAGACAUAGUACAUGUUUUGCAUGCGGAAGAUCUCAGAUUCAGUCCUGAGCAUCACUAGGCUGGCUGAAAGGAGAGAUAGCCCACUGCCAGAAUGUAGUCCCCUCAACAACACAAAAACAUUCCCCUUCCAUGCUUUGGGAUCUGAACUGCAAAGACAGCAGGGGAUUGACUAUCAUCAGCCCCUUUACAAAGGAACCAAAAUGACAUUUUUCAGGAUCAACAAGGAAACCACAAGCUAUUUAAAGGCACAGGGUAGUAUCCAACGAAAUUCUACUCAGAAUAGUCCCACUGAAAUUAAGGAACCUAAGUUAAUAAUGUUCAUUAACUUCAGUGGCUCUACUCUGAGUAGGACUAGCAUCAGAUACAACCCCUUAGAUUGUACUCACCUGGGUACUGCCUGAGACAGCAUCAAAAGGCCAAUGCCAAUACACACACACCCAGGCUGGGCUGGGGGCUGGGGGAUAAAUUCAAUGAAGUUUACAUUUAAACACAAAGCUAUCAAAUUCAUACUUUAUAAAACAAUCCCCUCCCCCCCAAAAACAGCUUCCUUCAAAUUCUGCACAUCUCCACAUUUUGCAAUGCAGUUACCCAGCAAGUAACGUGCAUAAAAAUGCAUAUACGGUUUUUGAACGCCUUGGUACUUGAGCAUUUUGGCUCCCAAAUGCAGAAAACCCAGAAGUAAGUGUUCCGGUUUUCAAACAUUUUUUGAAAGCUGAACGUCCAAUGCAGUUGUCGGCUAUUGUUUCCGGGCGCCUGCACCAAUCGGAAGCUGCGCCUUGGUUUUCGAACGUUUCAGAAGUCGAACAGACUUCCGGAACAGAUUACGUUCGAGAACCAAAGUACUACUGUACAAUGGUUAGUGUGCAUCAAAACGCACAUAUUAAUGAAAAUAGCAACAAAAAAUGUGUACACUGAGUCAAAUUGCAUACAAAAAUAGGUUUAUUGGAGAAAAUUCACACCAAAAUGCUGUCAAAUUUUAUUUUAAAAAAUCCACAAAUUGCUGCUGAAAUGUGGAGAGCUCAAUUUAAAAUGGGAGGGAAAUGGGAAACUGAGAGAACCAAAAUUGACAGAUCCAUCCAACCCUAAUCCCAGGCCAGGUUAUAGUGUAUCCAGGGCCAACCACAGCUGGUGCAGAAAAUUCCACAAGCCCCUCUCCCUACUCCCUGGCAGUAAGAUAGUGUUGAAUUAAAUAACUAACAAUUUACAGCCCUUUCGUGACCCUCAAAAUUAGCAGCCUAGAGAUCUCUCUCUGUAUAUGCACACACAAUGCAGGUUCUAAAUUUCCUUACCCCUAUCCCUUUAAACUGAGAGGCCAGGACUGCGGUGCAACUUGACAUUCAGCCCACUGAGAGGCCACAUUGCCCAUUUUGACUGGUGUGCUCUCUUUUCUCCCCUCCCCCCCCGCCCCAGAUUUAAUACUUUUGACACAUGUAUUUAUUCUAUUGAAUCAAUUGAUGCUACCAGCAUUUUUUUUUUACCUCUGAGCAAACAAAAAAACAGGUGCCUUAAUUUAUUGCAUUAAAUAGCUGUAUCAAAGACUUUCUGACAGAUCAAGAGAAACUGCUGCAGGGGAAGGAUUUCUGCCACCAUUUGCCAAGCUUUUUUAAAAAAAAAAGGAAAAGAAAGGAAAAGAAAAGCUAGACGCCAAGCAACAAUCAGGACUGUAUUGUAGAUUUAGAAUUGUGAUUAGCCUCUGCAUUCAGCAGCGGUAAUUCCACCAGAAGCCCCAGACUUCAGUGGCAAAGAGAAAAAUGGGAAUGCUGAAGAGAAGAGAUCAAUAUCUAGAGGAGAUAAAAGGCAACAGAGAAAUUGGCUGAUAACUAUUCAGAUCUCGUGCAUCCCACCUUCCUGAAAGAAGGGUAAUUAAAGCCAUAUUCUAAUUAACUUGUACUUUGCCCCCAAUCAGAAGCAUCCUUUGCAGAAAAACUAAUGAGGCUGGGAGAAUGGGUUCUUCCUUGUGGAUCCGUCUGUCUAAGUAAAAUAGAAAGCAGUCUUUAAUUUGGGGCAGGAGAGGAGGGAAAUGAGACAAAAGCUCUCUGAAUAGUUGGGUGCUAAAGACUUCAGACCCCUCAACCGGUGCAGGUGAGAAUCGGUGACCCCCUGCAAAAGCUCAGAGCCAAACCAUACCUGCUCUGCAAAUAUGUGCAUAUAAAACUCAACACUCGCUUCAAUUAGGAAGGGGUGGUUUUGAGCAGAGGAGUUGCGCUACUGAGCUUCUGCUACAACCCAGAUCUAAGAGGAGGAGGAGAAAGAGAUUUGCUGACAGCAGCUGGAUGAUUCCAUCCUCCUUUCUACCCUGCUCCCUGUCCAAACUGCCAAACAUGCUGGAUAUGGGGGUGAGAGGGAAGAAGGCAUUUCACAACCAGCAGUGCCAUUGAGGUAUCUGACAAUGUUCCUGCUGCCACAGGCUGAAAGACGAACCCAGAUUAAUUCCAUGGAUGGGUGCUUCAACAGUAUUUGCUAAUCUGCCUCUCCUGUUUGCAGAUGGACAGGAGCGAGUUCCAGCAGGAUUCGGUCCUCAAGCAGCUGGAAGUGCUCAAGGAGGAAGAGAAGGAGUUUCAGAAUUUGAAGGUAAUUGACUACAGCAGGGGUGGGGAGCAUGUGGCCCUGGAAAUGGUGCUGGACUCCAGUUUCCCAUCAGUGUAGACACAGUGCCCAGAGUUGAUGGGAGCUGUAGUCCAGACAACAUCUGUAAGGCCACAGGGGCUCCUUUCCUGGGCAGCAGGAUACUUACUACUUUACUCAUGCAGGCAACAAUGCUACCUUGGGGUUAACAGAUCCAGGGAUUCCUUAGUCACCUGUAUCUGGCAAGCGGUAAGGAAAACAAGUCAAGUCUGGUUUAAGCCAAUGAAGCGCCACUAGAAUCAACAUCAAUACAAUAAGCUCAAGUACUUAUCACAGCAGGUAGCCAUGUUUCUUCAUUAUACCAUGAGAGGCUGGUAACCACCAGCGCUGCCACCUUUUACAAAGCAAUUAAAGUGAAAUUUGGGGCAAUUCACACAGCCAGACUCAAUCAUAUUGAGAACAUGGGUGAGAGUGCGGCCCAGAGGAGUUCAGCAUCUGAUGGCAUCAUCCUGUGGUUACAUCAACAGCCCCCCAGUUCCGUAUUCAAAUCGGUAGCUGCUGCAGCGCUCAAAUGCCUCCAGCGGCAGCUUGGGGAACAAUGUGCCAAACUCAAUGUAGAUCUGCUAAAACCAUGUAACGCAAAACUCAUUGUAGAUAAGAUAUACUAAAACAGAGGCAGGGAACCGAUUGUUGUUGUUGGGAUACUGCCGGGAAAACGGGGGCACCAGGCAGGCAUCAGGCAGGCCCCCAGCUGGCUCCAGCCACCGGCCGGCAGCCAGUCUCCCUUGGAACAGCAUCAGUCAGCGGCAUGAGCCUCAGAUACGUUUAGAGACCCGUGCACGCUCUAUCAGCAGAGUGUGCAAAUCUUCUUACAGCAGAAGAGGCAGACAGAGAAAUAUGUAAGCAUAAUGUAUAGUAUUUUAUUCAGCAUAGUUCAAGAACAAAGGAAAACAUGUCUGCUUCCCUUCGUCUCCAGCAAAACAGCAGUAACCCAAAAGCUAUAUACAAACAGAAGUGCUGGAAGUAAACAGGCAUGUGACACAACAGUCAUGCCUGUUCCCUUUUAAGGUAGAACAGAACGAUAUCCUAACAAUUAUCUGCCACCACCAUCCCUGCAGGCCAAGUGUGACAGGUGCGUGGGGCCACUUGCUUGUCAAUCACCUGAUGCCACAAUGAUAUCUGAUGUCCUUUCUUCCCUGCCCGCAUGAUUUGAAAUAUAGGCAACAACCAUUUUGCAUGGGGAUUCCCUUCCCUUUUCUGGGUCCAAAAGUGCUCAUAUGUCAGUGAUCACAUGUCAUUUGGAUGCUCCUAAAAUGGCUCUUAUCUGUACUACUAUUUAAGAAUUUGCACCUGAAUUUCCUUCCCCUCCCACUUCCCUUGCUGUCCCUUUCCCCUUGUAUGUUGUGUUUUUUAGAUUGCAAGUCCGCAGGUCAGGAACUGCCUUGUUUAAAUUUAUUGUGUGUAAGCCACUCUGGCUGAAUGCUGGGGUAAAAAAAUACAGUCGUACCUUGGAUCUCAAAUGCCUUGACUCCCGAAUGAUCGAAACCCAGAAGUGAGUGUUCCAAUUUUCGAACGUUCUUUUGGAAGCUGAACGUCCAACGGGGCUUCUGAUUGAGUGCAGGAGCUUCCUGCAGCCAAUCAGAAGCCGCACUUUGGUUUCCAAACGUUUUGGAAGUCGAACAGACUUGCAGAACAGAUUCAGUUCGAAGGUAUGACUGUACUCUUAAAUAAAGGCGCAGCCAACAGUAUAAACUGUUAAGUUGUGGGUGAACAUAUCAGACGACACAGCGAUUCUUCAAACAGCUCUUGUUUAUCCACAGGCCAGAACAGAACUGAACUGAAGGGUUCAGUCAGCCUGCUUAUAUAGAGGUCCAGUACAACGUAACUGUAACAAUUUUCUAAAACUAUCCAAUCACUGAACAUCACUUUCGAUCCCUUAUUUGCAUAACUACCUACAGUAUCCCCUGCUGGCCCAGGGUGAGAACUUCACUACAUAACAUAAACCAAGAAGUCUAAAACACAAAACACGCACCCUGAGCCAAGAAAUAACUCUCCCCCCCCCCCAUUUCUUCCAGGAUCCCACUAAUGGUUAUUACAGUGUGAACACCUUCAAGGACCACCACUCCACUCCCACCAUCUCCCUCUCAGGCUGCCAGCCGGACCUGAGACCAGCCAACAAGCAGCGCGUGCCCACGGGCAUGUCCUUCACCAACAUCUACACGACCCUGAGCGGGCAGAACCGCCUCUACGACUACAGCCAGCGCUUCGUCUUGGGCAUGGGCAGCAGCUCCAUCGAGCUGUGCGAGCGGGAAUUCCAGCGGGGCUCCAUGAGCGACAGCAGCUCCUUCCUGGACACGCAGUGCGACAGCAGCGUCAGCAGCAGCGGCAAGCAGGACGGCUACGUACAGUUCGACAAGGCCAGCAAGGCCUCGGCCUCCUCUUCCCACCACUCCCAGUCCUCCUCUCAAAACUCAGACCCCUCCCGGCCCCUGCAGAGGAGAAUGCAGACCCAUGUGUGA